UGACGGGCAGGCCCGGAGAGAGGAGAGGAGGAGGAGGCCGGUGCCGCCUCCGGGCCUCUGCCGGUGAGUGAGUGAGUGAGGCGCCCCUUCUCCUUCCCCCGGGACUCGCCUCCCCUCAGUCCCUCCGCCCUAUCACCUCUCCCCCCCCCCGCCUACAACUGUCUGGGCUUCACCUGACGGGCUGCCGCCUGCUUCUCUUUUCCCCUUUCUUUUCCCUGCUCCUUUAUUUAUUUAAUUAUUUCGCUUUAUAUUCUACCCCCCUUCCCCAAGGAGCGCGAGGCGGCGUGCGUGGGUUUGCCCCCCUCUCCCACCUCUUUUUUUUUAAAAAAAGUAAUAAUAACAAUAAAUAAUAAUAAUAAUAAUAAUAAUAAUAAUAAUUUAUUAUUUAUAGCCCCCAACUGGCUGGGCUUCCCCAGCCACUCUGGGCGGCUUCCAAAAAACAUUAAAAUACUGUAAUACAGCAAACAUUAAAAGCUUCCCUAAACAGGGCUGCCUUCUAAAAGUCUGGUAGUAAUAAAAUAAAAUAAAAGUCUGGUAGUAAUAGCCCCCACAACAACAGCAACAACCACCCUGUGAGGUAGGCUGAGGCGGAGAGAAGGUCGCACGUAAGGGCUGAGUGGGGUGUUGAAGGUCCCUCAGCAGUGGCAGGCAGAAAUUUAGCAGGUCGAUCGGCUCUAAUCUGUUUUCGUAUUUUAACUUUUUUUACGUUUCAAAAUAAAGCUGCAACCCCCCCCCCCCGUUUUUAUUGUUUGAGCUGUAGUAAUUUUUUUAUACAAUCAAGUGGCAUAUGAAUUGUAUCAAACAAACAAACAAAUUCCCCUUAUUGGCAUGAAGAUAAGCAGUAACAUUUAACGCUCCAACAUUGUUACAGCCAGUUCAGGUGUAUGUUGGAAGGUUCAGGAAACAUAAAAGGAAGUACUGUACACAGUGCUGAGUUAAACUCUGGAACUCACUCGUGUUGAAAUGUUUGCUGUGCAUCCUUCUUUCUUUGAGCUCAGGAUUUUCCAUGGCUUUAAUUAAAUUAUGGUCCUUACAAGUUUCUUUUUAUAUUUAUUGGUCCUGAUAAAAAUUAUGGUUCUGUGCAUUUCUUUCAAACCCUGGAAUCACUUUCCCCCCAGAUUAUACAGGGAUGCACCUGAAGUUGGAGGAGCUUGUUUUGAUGGCCUCAUCCUGGAUUGCAGUGCAGUGCCGCAAUUCUUCCAGACCUUCAGAAAUGGACGGGUCAGAAAGGGGAGUAACAUGACGGUAAGAAUCCUUAAGAAUAUUAAGCCUCUCACAGGAAUGCCUUCUACGUCACACACUACGGUUUAUUUCUAUAGAACUUUUGGCCCAAAGCCCCCCAAUGAGGUGAACAACAUUGUACAGUGGUACCUUGGUUUACGAACUUAAUCCGUUUCAGCAGUCCAUUCUUAAACCAAAGCGUUCUUAAACCAAGGUGUGCUUUCCUAUACCAGCGGCGGACUCAAUUUACAAAUGGAACACACUCGACAGGAAGCGGAACAUGUUCUGCUUCCAAGGCAAAGUUCACAAACACCUACUUCCAGUUUUGCAGUUUCCAGUUUUAAUCCAAGUUGUUCAAAAACUAAACUGUUCUUAAACCAAGGUACCACUGUAAUACAAAGCAAAGUUAAAAUAAAAAUACAAGAAACAUGGUAAAUCAAUACUAUAAAGUGACACAAUCACUAAAUACCCAUCAGCCACAUCAUGAGCUGUAUUGAGCUGCAUUCAUGCCUUUUCUGUGGACACAGCUUCCCAGCAUUCCCCUUCUCACUUAGAAGCCACUUUAAUUCGCAUUUCCACCCUCACCCUGGCCAAGUUCUAAUAUGUCAACUUUUACCAAAGCCUAUCCUCAAUCAGUUGCCCACGGGAAGUGCCCUCCCUCUUGUCACAUCCCAAAGGAGAGACCCAAAGGCAGGAUACCCUUUUCCUUCACUCCCUUUGGAGCUACCCAUCCAUUAUAGGUAAAGGUAAAGGGACCCCUGACCAUUAGGUCCAGUCGUGGCCGACUCUGGGGUUGCGGCACUCAUCUCACGUUACUGGCCGAGGGAGCUGGCGUACAGCUUCUGGGUCAUCUGGCCAGCAUGACUAAGCCGCUUCUGGCAAACUAGAGCAGUGCACGGAAACGCCGUUUACCUUCCCGCCAGAUUGGUACCUAUUUAUCUACUUGCACUUUGAUGUGCUUUCGAACUGCUAGGUUGGCAGGAGCAGGGACUGAGCAACGGGAGCUCACCCCGUCGCGGGGAUUCAAACCGCUGACCUUCUGAUCGGCAAGUCCUAGGCUCUGUGGUUUAACUCACAGCGCCACCCGUGUCCCGCCCAUCCAUUAUAAAUCAUACCAAAAUAAUGUAUUCGAGCUGCAACGUAUGUCCAGAAUGAACAGACAGACACUGCAAAGGAGUAGUAGAGAGCUAAAUCUACUGCCCCAUGGUGGUUCUUCACUUUAUCUUUUUAUUACUGCUGCUUCUGUUUUCAAUCAUACAGCAGUUUCUGAGUGUUAGUGCUGUACUGGAGCAGGAAGAGGCAUAGUUCCUGCUGGGAGUGAACUGUACAGGCAGGGCAAAAUUACUCAGCUGCCUUCCCAAUGCUGAGCAUCACUUUCAGUGAUUGAGAAGCCCAGGAAGCUCAGUGUGGGGUGAGUGUGGUGGUGGCGGCGCAGGCCAAUCUGAUGCGCCUGCCAUUGCGCCUGCACUGUGCUGAGCUCUCCUCCCCACCUCUCAGGAACUUGCUGCAAUGCCCAUAGGCAGCUGAGUAAUUUUGCCCGCUACCAGACCCUGCCCAGAGGUCUCCCUAACGGUCUUGGCAUGUAUUCGUACAGCCCACCACUAUGCAUGUUUACUCAGAAAUCCAAGUUCAAGGGAAGUUAGUGCCAAGUAAGCAGGUUUCAGAGUUUGGGCAGAUUCAUAUGGGAGGAUGCAGUUCUUCAGAUAGCCUAGGAUGAGCAAAUUGGAGCUUUAGGUUGUAGACAUAGUAAUGGCCAAGACUCUGCUGCAAUUUGAACACCUUUUCUGUGAGUGUUUUGUUGUGGAUUUCAGUUCCUGCUUACUGUAUAUCUGUUACAAUGAGGGAUGUGUGAAGAGGAGUGUGGCAAAACAGCAAGACUUGGUUAAAUAAGAAACAUGCAAACUCCACUCAGUGCUAAUGAACAUUCUUCAUUUUUAAUUUCAUCUGCAUUGAGUGAAGUUUGCAGGAAUCUUAAUUUGAAACAGGUUCUCUUAUUUUAAAAAGAUACAGCAACCAAACAAACUAAAAUACAAUCUAAAAUUAACAAUAAUGGGAACAAAACAAUAAUGGGAACAAAAUUAUAUACGCCAGCAAACUGCAGCAACAUAGUAACAUAUUGUUUUGGUGCCUCCACCAGAAAUGCCUGCCAGAAUAUAACUUGCAAUAAUAUACUUAAAAGUGAGGAAAGAAGGGCCAGAUGAAGCACUCUUGGGAGCCACAUUCUUAUUUUUCUGCCACAUUUCAGCAUUUUUGAAAAGUGAUGCAUACUAUUACAAUCUAAAUGAGUGCAGGCAAUGUACCAUGCUUAUUACAUACUUCGUGCUGAGUAUUAGUUGCUGCUUUGCUGUGCAUAGUUAAUACAUGCUAAUCGGUAGCAUUUAAAUUGUUUUCGGAAUUUGUAGAAAUGGGACUUACCUUGUAUCUUAAUCUUGUACCUUUCCCUUGCUGUUCCUCUCCAUUCCGUCCUCACAGCAACGCUCCCGAGAAAGGUUAGGCUGAGACACGGUGAAGGGUCCAAGCUCAUUCAAUGAGCUUCAAAGCUGCGGAUGGAUUUGAACCCUGGUCUUCAAGGGCCUAGACUACCACACCGCCCACUGUGCCACAGGAGCUCUUAGUACUUGGAAAACCUUUGAAUUUUGUAGUAUAUUAAAGGCUAAGGCUGCAGUUCUAACCACUUUUUGCAGGGAAUAAGAUUCACGGAAUUCAACUGAACUUUCCUCCAGGUAACAGUGCUUAAGAUCACAUUGUAAUGUUUUUAUUUUUUUAUGAGCACGAGGUUUGCAUAUUGCCCUUCAUACAGAUAUAUACUAUGGCAGUGAUUCCAAAACUCUCUGAGUUCAAUUUGGUUAGUAUGUGUGUAUAAAAGGAGCCUCUGACAAUUGUGGUUUGUCAUGAACAUAGACAAGCACUUGGCUUGAGUAUGUAUAUGAAAAAUUGUAUACUAUAUUCUUUAACUUCUAACCUUGCUUCUUUUCCCCUCCUGGAAAUAUUAGAGUUGUUUCAGCUUGUCCCUGUAAUCUGAGAGAUGAGGAUAGGGUACCUGCCAUUAACUGCAUUUGCUGUUAACAUUAGUGUAAAGAUUGAGAAAGAAAAGCCUUUGAAUGCUGUGGUCAGCAGUUGGCAGCUUCUUGGGUCUGUGUAACACCUUGCCAUUUAAAAAGCAGUAGAAGGUUGUCCAGGCACUGGGGCUUUUUGAAAAAGGGGCAAGAUGCCCACAAGUAAAGCAAGUAUUCAGGGGUAAAAUUAAUGUAUUUUCAGGAAUAACUCUCCCCAUUCUACUGUGUAUUCUGUAAAAACGAUAGCUUGCUUAAAGCUUGAAUGUUUGGGUUGGUUUCCAGGCUUUGAUAUGCCUGUCCUCUUUAUGCUGGGAUAGCUCAGUCUGUAGCCCCUGAGACUCAUUUUCUGGGUUUUGGGUUGGAGCCCCGCCUUGGGCAAAAGAUUUCUGCAUUGCAGGCGGUUGGGUUACAUUACCAUAGUGGCUAAUGUAUGAAUUCUAUGAUUCUAGUAUGUCUUGUUUGAUUGGUUAAAAUAUUGAUAAGGUCCCCCUUUGAGCUGCAGAGCCAUUUUUCAUUUUACUGGCAGAUGCGUAAUAGUCAGAAAUUCAGGAGGAAAUGCUUCGGGGUUAAGGCUCCACCUGCUGAAUCCCUGCCUGUUGUGCAGAUCUGGGAGACGCUGGAGCUGCGUGUUUUGUUAAGCUGCGGUUUGAAAUCAGGCGCGCCUGGAACUGGAAAACAUGCUCGUGAGAAUGCAGCCCAGGACGCGUAGUAACAGCAUUGACGGCUCCUGCGUUGAUUUGUAAUUGUGGCGGCUACUGCGCAGGCGCCCGCGGGAAACGCUUGGGUUAAGGCUGGGCGCGCAUGGCCACGGUUGUGCGCAUGCGUCUCCCCCGAGCUUCCCUCCCACCUCCUGCUGCCUCGGAAGAGCGUUGCGCGUUGGCGCAUGAGCAGCAGCGACGCCCAGUGCUCACGUGGUAACAAGAUGGCGAGUAGUGGGGGGGGGAAAGAGGCUGCGGGGCGCAGGCGCAGACGGCGGCGACCGCCCUCUAUCGGCUGCGGCGGCGGCGCUCUGUCAGCAACUCGAGGUUUUCGCCGAGUGUUUGGCGCGCGCGCGCGCUCGAGAGAGAGGAGAGAGGCUUGCUGCGACGGCCCGCUGCUACGCGCAUGCGUGCGCCGCGGCUGAGGCGCGGGCUGGGAGGGAAAUAUCUGGGCCGGGCGCGCGCGCGCCGUCUCGGGCGAGCUCGUAUUGUCCCGGCCGGGAGUCCAUGGAGAGUCCCGGACCGCCCUGAGGCGCUGAGGAGGCGGCGGCUGCUGCUGCUGCUGCUGAGGCGGAGCGGCCUGCCCCGAGGCGACGGCUCCCUUCAUGGCGACGGCGGCUGCGACCGGGCCCGCCAUGGCGGCGGCGGCGGCGGCGGCUGCGCCUGAGGCGAGCGGCCCGCCGUGGCGGCCGCAGAGUCGCCGGCAGCGCCAGGCGGAAGCGCGGGCCCGGCAGGCCUCUCUGUGGGGCCGGGCGCGGAGCCUGUGCCGCCGCCUGCGGGCGCUGCAGGCCCGGCAGGUGGAGCGGCACGUCCGGCAGCAGCUGGCCGGGCUGGCGCGGAGCGUGGCCGGGCGGACGGGCUCCGAGGCGCCUCCUCCUCCGCCCGCGCUGGGCCCGGAGCUGCGGCAGCUGGCCGCCUCCCCCCGCCCGCCUCCGCGCCGCCCAGCGCGCCUGCGACUCGGACGCCACCGACAGCGCCAGCGCCUGCUCGGCCUCGUCCGCUUCCUCGGGGUCGUCGUCGUCGUCCUCGGCCUCCUCCUGCUCCUCGGCCUCGGACAGCGAGAGCGCCGAGCCGCCGCCGCCGACGGAGCGCCCCGCCAACGUGGGGUGAGUUGCCCGGGGAGGCGGGAGGGGAGGCGGCCUCCGCCUUGGAGGAAGCAGAAGGCGCCCGCUUCAACUUCCUCGUUUCCCAAGGGGGCUUCCUCCUCACAGCAACCCCGUGAGGUAGGCCGCCCUUCUUCCCGUUGCCCAGAUGGGGAGCCCGAGCAGCUCCCUUUGGGGCUGCGCCUAGUUUGUUCCUCGCGCCAGAAGUCUCUGGCCAAGGGCUGAGGCAACUCUUGCGCAACGCCUCCCUCUUCCCCUGCAUUUCUGGCCAGUUGUGGGAGAUGUCGUGGCCAUAUGGUGUGUGGAUCGCGGGUUGAAGGCGCCAUGUGCUUGGGAUGCUACCGCAGUAAGUAGUGGUUUCCACGUGGACAGAAGGGGUAGGAGUCGAACUCAGGCCACCCCCGGAAUGUUUAAAGGCGGCACAGGGCUGUAUACCACUUAACAUAUCAGACGAGGAUGGGGAAGGCCCUGGUUCAAAUUCCCCCUCAGAUGUGAAGUUAACUGGGUAACCAUGGGUGAGUCAUGCCUGAACUAAAGAAGCAGGGUUGUUGUGUGGAUAAAAUGGAGCAACGAAAUGCCAUGCCUUGAGCUACUUGGUGUAAGGGGCGGGGUAAGAAAAAAGAAAGAAAGAAAGAAUCUGUUGGCUCAGUGGCAGCUUUGACCUGUAUGCAGGUAAGGAACUUAGAGCUGGUCCUUAAUUACGAUCACUCCUUUUGUGGCUGAGUGUCAGGUUGCUUUGGUAAUGUCUGUAGGAGACUAAUUUGUAAAAAAAAAAAUUUUUUUUGUUAUUGUCUGUACUGUGCUUUCCUUCCCGAAUGCUGCUUGAGUGACUAACAAGAAAAACAGUUAAAAUGCUAGAAACAAAAGCUGGUGGGGAAAAACAACAACUGAGCAAGAUGAUAAGAUUGAAAUAGACAAUUAUGUGGGCCAAGCAAAUGAUGCAGUUAUUUCCAAUGCCAACUGAAUCGUUUGUUUUGAGAGACAAGGCAACAUUGGCAUGAGAAAUAGUGCAAUAGUCACAUGGCACUUGCUGUUGUUUCUUAGGGUUGGGAAGCAGUUCCCACAUGGUGAAAAGGUCUAAGUCAUCCUUGCAGCAAGCUUUGUGAAAGAGUAUUGGUUCUGUUCGUUCUUUGGAAACAAUGAAACUGAAGGUGAAAGACAAUAUGCUGCAUGUCACUAUAGACUAGUUUAUACAACCGGUGGUAAUAUACAUUAUCUGAGAUUAUUAUCCAGAAUUCGUAGCUCCAGCCUUCAGAGAACAAGAUUUGGGGGAUAGCAUAGGUUACAUAGGAAACCUCUGCCUUCACAGUCAGGGUGUCUGCAGUAAUUUUUCCAGAGUGUAGCAAUGAGCAGUUAGGUAAAGGUAAAGGGAUCCCUGACCGUUGGGUCCAGUCGCGGAUGACUCUGGUGUUGCGGCGCUCAUCUCGCUUUAUUGACCGAGGGAGCUGGCGUACAGCUUCCGGGUCAUGUGGCCAGCAUGACUAAGCUUCUGGCAAACCAGAGCAGCACACUGUUUACCUUCCCGCUGGAGCGGUACCUAUUUAUCUACUUGCACUUUGACAUGCUUUCGAACUGCUAGGUUGGCAGGAGCUGGGACCAGCAGCGGGCGGGGAUUCGAACAGCCGACCUUUUGAUUGGCAAGCCCUAGGCUCUGUGGUUUAGACCACAGCACCACCAGCGUCUCUUAGUGAGCAGGUUAGUUUCUCACAAAAAAUAACACCAAUCCCUGCACAUUUUGCACCAUAUCUCAGGUUUUUUAAAAAGUGAAAUAUUGGCAUUAUGGUUCUUAAUCUCCUGUUUCCCCUUCCCUGCCCCAAUGGAAGCAGGAACAAUAUUUUCUGGGUAUUUUAGAUAAAAUUCCUUUGUUCACAUUCUUGAAGGAAUUGGAAAACUCUUUGCAUGGAACCUUGCCUGCCUCAGUUUUUUGAAGUUUUUCAAGAAAGUUGGUCCUUCUUGUUCAAGUGCCUGGGGCCACUAACACUUGUGGCUAAUAAAUAAACAACAAGCACCAUAAAAUAAAAUAAGCACAGCUGCAGUUAUCAAUCCAGUACGAAUUACGGGCAGGAAAAAGCCAGAUUUUCACUUACCAUUUGAAGCUAUAGACACUACCAGGUGGGCCUGCCUUGAGAGGACAUUCCACAGUGUUGACUUAGCAUCACAACUGGAAAGGCUCUUUCGCAUAUGAGUGUCUGGGAUGCUGAUGACCAGAGUUUACAGGAUAACAUGUGUGAGAGAAGGUGGUCUUUUUGUUUCUUAGUCCCCAGUGUGUUGAGGAUUUAAAAAGUCUUCCCAUGGCAGCAGAAGUACGGACUGGCAGUAGCUCAGUGGUAGACCAUCUUCUUUGCUCAGUAUAGGCAAUGUUGAACUAGAUCGGCCAGUGGUCUGGCUCUGUAUAAGCCAAGCUUCUGUAUUGCAUAAGAACCCUGCUGGAUCCGACCAAAGCCCCAUCUAGCCCAACAUCCUGUUCUCAGAGGCUUGCUGGGAAGCCAGCAAGCAGUGCAUGAACACAUAGCACUCUCCCCACUUGUGAUUUCCAGCAACUGGUAUUCAGAGGCAUAUAGUUUCCAAUACCAGAGGUAAUAUACAGCCAUAAUGGCUGGCAGCCAAUGAUAGCCUGUGAAUUUGUGCAAACCUCUCUUAAACCCAUCCAAAUUGGUGGCAAUUGCAACAUCGUGUGGUAGCGAAUUCCAUACUUACCUGUGUGCUGUGUUAAGAGUUUUCUAGUUAAUUCUUGGUUUUAUUAUAGUGCAUUGUGCAGAGAAUCUUGGUUAUGGGUGAUUCAGAAAUAAAGAAUACAAGCAAUUUAAAUAGAUUAUCUACUUCUUCUUUUUUAGCUUAUUGUAAAUCAAGCAGAAUUUGAGUUACUGACUGACCAAGUCCAAUGAGCAACUUGCUUGUAGUGUUCUGUAUCAGUUGAAGCUUCAGAACACCUUUAAGGCUAGCAUCAUGAAGAGUGCAUUAUAAUAAUUAGGUAACUAGAGUACAUAGAAAAGGUGUAGUUAGUGAGCCCACUGGAAGAUUCCAAUCCUUUCCUUGCAUGUUCCUUGAAUUGAAAGAGAGGAAAUCCAAUAGCACACAGUUUACUAAGAGUUCUUUCCUCUUGUCAUUGCAGCAGGCACUAAACUGAUCAGGCACUAAACAAGUUAAUGAUAGUUUGCAUGGUCGAUAACCCCUCAAGACAAAGUCAAUCAGUAUAAUGAAUAACACUCACUUGGUAGCACUGAUAGUAAGUAGUUGAUUAGAAUCAGGUUCUCCCAGGUAUGAAUUCUACUUUCUUUCCAUUUGUUUAUUAAGUUUGCUCUGUGCUGAUGAUGAUCUGAUUGUCCUGAAGUCUUUGCACAGGACAGAGAUGGGUUAUCAAAUGCCACAGCUUCAGAAAGUAACCCUACUUUUUGGCAUACUUUAGGGUUUCGUGUGUGUAGCGGUAGUGUGACACAUUAAUCUGGCAGGUGUCUGCUCUAGAGGAAAGAAAGGGCUUUUAUGGCAUCUUCUCUCUUUUGUGAGAACCUUAAUCAUCUAUACCUGAGCAGCAUGCACAUGUGAGAAACUCAAAAUCAUACAACUAAGCAAAAAUAAGUCUUCUUGGAAAAGGUUGAUGAUCCAAAAGUGGUGGAAAAACCUUGUGUUUGGCCAAGUGAUUUGAGUUUGAUGUAUCCUGAUGGCAAGUAAUGUGUAGUGUACACAUACUGAGUUUGAACCUGGAAUACCUUGGUGGCAUUGAGUACAUUGUUAACUCGGAAUUUAAUGUCUCAUAAGGCUCCUGUGUUGAUUUAAAAACCCCAAGAAACUGAAACAGCCUCUGUGUUUGUGUGUCAUGUAACUAUUAGCAAUUAUUAAUCGGUUGAUGUUUUGGCUGAAGAAGAUAGACAAAUUUGAGGAAGUAGUUUCUGCUUUUGCCGCUUUAAUUGCACAAAACACCUUCCUGUUAAACUUCUUAUUUGGGAUAAGUGGCUUGGACUCAUGUAUAGAACCAUUUGCCACUCAGGGGCACAGUAGCUCAGUAUUCUGAAUACAAGCCUGACCUGAUUAAUUUCAGUCUGAAAUGGCAAGCUUCAUAUCUCAGUGGUACGACACAUUUUCUUUGCCUACAAUAGGUCCCAGAUUCAGUCCCCAGCAUCUCCAGGGAGGGCUGGGAAAGGUUCAUUUCUGAAAGCCUGAAGAGCUACUGUCAAUCAGUGUAGACAGUCCUGAGCUACAUAGACCAAUAUGGUGUGACAUGGGGGUUUCCUUUGUUCCGCUGCACAUUAUCUCUUGAAUGAUAUUAAGCUGAGCUUGACUAUUAGUUUCAUUUUAGUAGGCUGGAAGUUAGCCUUGAAGCAAAUGAUGUUGUCUGGAUCUAUCUAGUUCUUAAUUUAUAUAGCAUCCAGUAUAAUAGUUGGUGCUUUAUAAAUAAAGGUCUUGAAAUAAUCUGUAUAGCAUACAGAAGUUACUUGCAGCUAAGUUACCAUCCACCUUACUAUUAUGUUCCAGUUUGUUGUGGUUCUCAGAGCUUGCUUCUGUACAGUAAAAGUGUGUUUCUUUGGAGUAAUGGCAUUAACUCUUCUACAGCAAGUUACAUUUCUCGAUAUCUUUUCAGAGCAGCUAGAGAAUAUUAUUGUUUCAGGUUAUAUAUUCUGCAGUCAUUCACUGCUUCUAACUUAAAAUCAUAUUCCUUUGUAUGUAGCAGGAUAUGUUCGUAGUGGUUAUGUCUGCACAUUGCAUUCAUGUUUAGCUGUGGUUGAGCAUGAAUGAGUAGUGUGCUUGUUACCUGCUUCGUUCCUCCCCCACUGCUAUCAUCUGAAUUGGGCUUGUGGUUUGUGGGAAGCAAAGAAUGAAGCAUGGCUGCCGAUCAUGGUUUGGAGAGAAACAAACCAUGAGCCUCUGUUUGGAUAACAGAAUAAGCAAACACUUGUGGUUUAGAGAUAUGAAGAUGCAGGAUAAACCUUUCUACCCCAUCCUCCCAGGCCUUCACAUCUCUAAGUUGGUUGCUCUUGGUGUAUCCAGGAGUGGAGGAGGUACAAAGUGGGCACACAAAGAAGGGCCUCAGGAUGAUUGCAGGGUCCGAGUUGGAUAAAGUGCGUAAUAUUUGCAAACAUAAGGUGACUAACAUAAGCAAACCAUAGCCAUGUAUCCUGAGGAACAGACCCUUUACCAGCUGCAGUGGUUAGCAGUUAGCUUCCGGUGUCAAUUCAAGAUGCUGUUUUUGAGCUUUUAAAGUUCUAGAGAUCUGAGACCAGAGGAAUCACUUAGGAAUGACUAAUGAGCCUCCCCAGAAACUUACUUUCAAGAGUUGCUCUGCUGCCUCCCCCUAUCCCCAGGUAUCUGAACUAAGUGGGCACCAGAGAGUGGGCUGUUUUAUUUUUGCACCCAGAAGUAAGUUAGGCUGUACUGUUGCUCAGUUUUAGGUGAGAAGUGAAACUUGCAUUUCAGCAGACUCUUUCAGGAUAUAGCUUUUAAGGAUGUAUCACUGCUUCAAAACUCUUUUUGCUUUUUCUUUAUUUGUAAGCCACUGUGUGCAGAUGUAAAAAGAAAUGCAGAUAAGUCAACAAGAGAGUUAGAUGACAAAGGACAAAUGUGUCAUAAGCUUAAGGAGCCAAAAAUGUAGAAAAGGCAACCCAUGUAUUACAGUUAAGAUACAGUCCAAAUCUUAAGCCGUCAGUCUAGGAAGUUGCAAAGCAGCUAGAAUUCCAAAUCACAUUUCUGGCUUGCUCCAUUUAAGGGUGUAUUUAUUUGCUGUUUACCAAUUGAGAAGAUGCUGUAAUCUGAAUUGAGUUUUUCAUGUCCUCGUGGAAGUCUGUUGUAUCACUCGGAGUGAGUCAUUACAGAAAGUGAAAAGGUUUGUUUGUCUUAACCUGUAUUUAGUGUCACAGUUCACAGAAGACUGUUUUCUAGGAACAUUUCUGGCAACUGGAUGCCUGCACAGGAAAAAACUACAUUGGGUUACAAAACAGAAGAAUGAUUUGUGUAUUGCCAGUCCCAUUUUUAAUUUGAGUUUAAUUUUUUCUUUUAGAUCUCAUUCUGGAUAUACUUGCUUUGUUUCAUAAUUUUCCUUGACUAAUUUUAAGCUAAGAUAGGAAGUAAAAUUAUGUUCAGGACAAGUUAGCAAGAGGCUGACAAUACUGGAGGAUGCUGUUCACUUCCAGCCAUAAUUGCUGCUGGUCAGGUGAGUGAAAUGCUGCAUGAUAGAUAGGCUCUGAUAAAUGACCCCAGUCUACAGACAAAUGGAUGGGAAGAAAGGAGGAAAAAAGGAAAUGCUGGCACCAGUUCUUAAAAUUACAGUUCAACCACCUAGGAUGGAAACCAUUCAAGGGAAUCUGAACAAGGUGACGGAUGUGGGAGAAGCAGAGCCAAAAGGCAUCUAGACACCCAGCAGAGCUAAUGGAAUAGCUGAUGAAACUACAUUGAAUGCUUUCAUAUUUAGUAACUAGAGAGUUGAGGUUGUUGAGCAGAAGGGAAGUACACUAUGUCCUUCGCCAGAAGACGAAAUGACCAUUGAGAAGAUCUCCACAAGUCAGCCUGGUCCCAUUCAUUGGUCAGAGAACAAGCAACUCCAGAGAGCUGCUUCAGUAUUUGGGGUGGGCAGAUAAAUUAUGUUUUGAAAUAGAAAUGUGGUGAGUAAGAAGCUGGGGUGGGUGCCUUCCUCUGCUUGUUUUGGGUGGUAAUAUCCAGUAAGUGACCUUCAGUUGAUUGAAUGCAUCCUUCAGUGGAAUGGGGAGAGAGGCUGCUUUCAGCCAUUCCUCUUUCCCCACAGCUUCCAUGCAAGUCACCUCUUGAGGGUUAGGCUUCCUCUUGAAACACCAGAAAUAAAUUGUCUCAUCUGAGAAGUGAUAAUGAAAUAGCAUUUUGCUAUCCUUGUCAAUAAGCACCCCCCAUACUAUCCAGCAGUUACUACUACUUCUUCUUUGGCGAUCAUUCGUAUCCGAGUAAGAUUGUCUUUCAUGAACACAGUCUUAAUGUUGUGUCUGUAAGUGGCUGUGGAGGCCAGUUCUGGAUCCACACGUCCAUCCACAGUGAGGACAUAGGUUUCUGGGUGCGAGUUGAUCAAGAUGAGGAUUUGCCAAACAUGGCUUCCCCUUAGCUCGUUUCUGCCUCUUGUCCUGAGUUCAUGCUUCUUCAAAGUCCAUGACGCCUUUGGUAGAGACUUUUCUCCAAUCGGAGCACUCGCAGGCCGGUGUUUCCCAAUUAUCCAUGCUUAUACUGCAUUUUUAAAAGAUUUGCCUUGAGAGCGUCUUUAAACCUCUUUUGUUGUCCACCAGUAUUUCACUUUCCAUUUUUAAGUUCGGAAUAGAGUAGUUGCUUUGGAAGGCGAUAAUCAGGCAUCCGCACAACAUGACCAGUCCAGCGAAGUUGAUGUUGAAGAAUCAUUGCUUUGAGACUGGUGAUCUUCGCUUCUUCCAGUACGCUGACAUUAGUUCGCCUGUCUUCCCAAGUGAUACGCACAUUUUUUCUGAGACACCAUUGAUGGAAUCUUCUGAGGAGUUGAAGUUUAUAAGUGGUCCAUGUUUCACAAGCGUACAGUAAAGUUGGUGGUGCAGUAGCUUUGUAAACCAGCAUUUUGGAUGAUGUCCAUUUUGUGGAUGUCUUGAUCCUCAAACACUCCUGUGCUUCAGUUGGGAGAAAACUGCACUUGCAGAGCUCAAACGAUGCAGGAUUUCCACAUCUACAGCCCUUGUGGAGGGAUAACUGCCCAGGUAGGAAAAGUGAUCAACACUGUCCAACAUCACAUCGUUAAGUUGGAUUUGUGGUGCUGCAGAGGGGGUUGUUUUGUGCUUGUUGGUGCAGCACUUUGGGGUUUUUUUUUUGUUAUAUUGAGGAAUAGACCAAGCUUUUCUAUAAGCUUCUGUGAAGGUAUUUAGGAUGGUUUGGAGGUCAUCCUGUGAGUGUGCACACACUACAGUGGUGCCUCGCAAGACGAAAUUAAUUCGUUCCGCAAGUCUCUUCGUCUUGCGAGUUUUUCGUCUUGCGAUGCACGGUUUCCCAUAGGAAUGCAUUGAAAAUCAAUUAAUGCGUUCCUAGGGAAACCGCCUUCAGACCAGGUCCGGGGACAGUCUGUCCCCGGACCUCUUCUGAAGGCUGGGGGCAAGGGCUUUUCUUCCCACCCCCAGCAUUUUAAAACCCCGGGACAGCGGAGGACUUCUCCGCUGUCCGGGCGAUCUUAAAAUGCUGGCGGGCGGCAUUUUAAAAUCACCCCGGGACAGCGGAGGACUUCUCCGCUGUCCGGGGCAAUUUAAAGCCCCUGGGAAGGCAGGCAGGGGGACAAAGACUUUUGCCCCCGCCAGCCUUCAGAAGAGGUCCUGGACCUCUUCUGAAGGCGGGCGGGGCGAAGUCUUGCUCCCCGCCUUCAAAAGCCCUCCGGGACAGGCAGGCAGGGGGAGCAAAGACUUUCGCCCCCGCCCGCCUUCAGAAGGUCUUCCCUCCCCCCGCCCGGCCGGAGCACCGUUCCGAGCCGGGCGGCGGCGGAGGUCUUCCUCCCCCGCCCGGCCGGAGCACCGUUCCGAGCCGGGCGGCGGCGGAGGUGUUCCCUCCCCGCCCGGCUCGGAGCACCGUUCCGAGCCGGGCGGCGGGGAGGUCUUCCUCCCCACCGCCCGGCUCGGAGCACCGUUCCGAGCCGGGCGGCGGCGGCAGGUGUUCCCUCCCCCGCCCGGCUCGGAGCACCGUUCCGGAGCCGGGCAGAGGCGGGAGGUCUUCCCUCCCCCCCCGCCCGGCUUCGGAGCACCGUUCCGAAGCCGGGCGGCGGCGGCAGGUGUUCCCUCCCCGCCCGGCUCGGAGCACCGUCCCGAGCCGGGCGGCGGCGGCAGGUGUUCCCUCCCCCCGCCCGGCUCGGAGGAGCCUUCCGAGCCCGGCGGCGGCGGGAGGAGGUGUCCCCGCCCCGCCGCCAGGCUUCGGAGGAGGUCCGAGGACAGUGGGAAGACGCGCUGCACUUCCCCGCUGUCCCUGAGAUUUCCCUAUGGGCUGUCGUCUUGCGAAGCAAGCCCAUAGGGAAAUUCGCUUAUGAGCGCCUCCAAAACGGAAAACCCUUUCGUCUAGCGGGUUUUCCGUCUUGCGAGGCGUUCGUCUUGCGGGGUACCACUGUACAUUGUCAUCAGCAUUUUGCAGCUCUAUGACGGAAGUUAUGGUAGCCUUACUCUUUGCUUUCUAUUGCUUAUUAGCCUGGUCUUCACUCUGAAGAGAAACGGGGAGAAGAGCGACUUCUUUUUAUGAGCAAAAAGCAGAUUACUUAAAAACGAAAGUUUGCUGCUGCUUUCUUUUUUAAUAUAGCUGAGAAGUGGCCUCCCCCACAGAUACCAGAGUUAGUGACCUUAGGCAUUUGUUGCUUGGGGUUGGGUGGGAGGAUUGUGUGUAAAACUGCCUAAAUUCAGCCUGUGCAAUGAUGAUGUUAGGAAAAUAUAUCUUCCUGUGUUAAAGAGACAGGAUCCCAGGGUUUACUAGGAACAGAUGAACCAUUCCGCCCCCCCCCCCAUGGGGAUUUCUGUUUUCGUUUAUGCGGUUCGUUAACCUUAGUUUAAUUUUCAGGCACAGUGCAUUGGCUUUCAUUUGCUCCUCUGAAGGUUCAGAAUUCUCCUUAUCUACAUCUUAUCUGGCUGAUUAGAAGGUUUCAGUUGUGGAUUAAUGGUGUGGGAACGAUGUCCUAGUUUGAGUUCUUUAUAUAAUGAAAUGUGGAAGAGAGUUACAGGUGAAAGGAGAUGACCUUUUAUUUUGUUGAGUGUGUUUGAAAUGUUUAUCCAUCUGACUGGAAAACUCUCUUCGGUUUACCAGAAUAAUGAAGACAGGCACGUAGGAGAUCACUUUACUGCAGUAGUUAGGUCAUUGGCCCAACUAGCUCAAAAUUGUCUGCAUUGGGGGUAGGGGCACCAUUUCAGUCUGAGGGCUCCAUUCUCUCAUGGGCAACCUUCCAGAGGCUGUGCACUUGUGGAGAGCAGGGCGAGAGGUUAAAGUGAGUGGAACAAUGGGUGUAGCUUUUUCCUUGGCUGAGGUAGGCAACAUUGGAGCCAUGCAAAAGUCAAGAGGCUUCUGUGUGCACAGAAAAUUGCUUUCUUGGGAAGGCAAGAGGUAUUUUCAUAACAAUCAGGAAGGGUACAGAGCAGAGCCAGUCAGGGGUUGUAACCUGAGAGGGUAUUUGAGCCUGAAGUUUCCCACUCCUACUUUGACUGGCAGAGGCUGCCCAAGUUUUCAGACUUGUUUUUCACAUUCCUACUGGAGAGAUGCUGCAGAAUGAAUGAACUAAAGACUGUCAGAAUGCAAAACAUUACUGAACUAUGGUCCUUCCCUAAUAUAUUUGCUUGAUUCAGGUAUUAUAUUGUUAAGAAUUUUAACAUUGUAUGGAUAAAGCUCUUGUUUGUCCUUGAAGGUUUUCAUGGAGCAUGCUUUCUAGUACAAAGGUUUGGGGUGUGCCGGUAAUUUGCCAAAUUGUAUUAGUUUCCAUUACAGUAAACUUACAAUUCAGAAGGUGCUAUCCAAUGCGCUUCUGGCACAAUAAACCAGUUAGUCUCUAAGGUGUUACUAGGCUAUUUACCAUCCAGAUGUGUUCUAUUUCGAGAUUGAAUAAUAGAUCACUAUUAUUCAAUAUUCAAUAUUAUUAUUAUUAUAUUAUCAUAUUUUGGAGUAGGACUGGGCAGAAAAUAGAUUGAGAUCUAGUAGAUCUUGGGGCAAUUUGCAACGUUUUAGCAACAGCAGCUGCUGAGAGUCUUAGAAAAAUACAAAUUAGCCUUCUUUGAAUAAAGCAAGCAUGGAGGAAAAGCAAGCAUUAAUAUUUGUGUGAAUCUUUGUCCAAGGGUUCUGAGCCCAGUUCUGACAUUUAAAACAAAUUGUUGAGCUUAGUCUGUUCCUUAUUUCUGAGUUUACAGAAGCCUCCCUCCCAGGACUUGAUGUUCUGGUUUCAGUUGAUGAACCACAAAAGUUCUAGACAAAAAACAAACAAAAACAAAGUACAUCCAUCAAGUCUGAAGUUGGCUCGCCCCGACUUGAGGCUUGAUGGAUUUAGAAAAACAUUUUCAUACCUGGGAAAUCAAAGUUGGCACAAAGAAAUACAGUAUAUAAUUUAAAUAGCACAGUCCUUGUCGUUUCUACUCAUAAGUAAGCACAGCUGAAAUCAGUGGGACUUACUUUCUGUUGUAUGUGUAGGAUUCCAGCCUAAAUGUCAGUGACAGGGAGGAAAAAGAUGAAAGACCACCAGAUUGCAGCCAUGGGGGACAGGCACAGCAGUAGUAUUAAAUGUGUCUUGUCUGAGCGCCGGAGUUUCUCUCUUCAGAGAUCUCAGUCCUAUUGCAUCUCUGUAUCAAAUGUAGUUCGGAAAAGUGAUUAUUGUUCCAAAUUUCAGCACAAGCUCAUUUGAUGAGUGUGAAGUGGUUAACUCAGAAAUGUCUCCUUGUGCCAUUUACGGAUGGAUGGAAUUCUGUGGAUACACAUUUUCUGAUUUACUGGUGCCAUUUUUUAGCAUGUGUUCUUCUGAUUAUUCCUUCUCAAAUUGUGUUCACAUUUGCUUAUGUGAGCAUGGUUUGAAUCAGUAAUAUUGCAUAAUGCAGCAACUUCUUGUACCGUUUGUUCCUACACGGUUAUCUAAGACUUUGAAAUCAUAUAUAUGAAUACUAUGAUAGUCACCAACGUGGAAGCGAGUCUGCUUCUUUGAGUUAGCUAGGUCUUACUGUUUUAAGUACGGGUUGAGGCACAUUCUUGCUCACGAAGCUGUAGUUACUCAGGCUGUGUUGACUGCGCUUCUGCUUGAUCACCAGUAUUGUAGUAUCGUUCUGUGUCUUUUGCAGACCUAGUUGAUUUAGCACUCGCAAAUAAAAUGAAGACCUGGCUUAGCAGUGCUCAGUUCCAGUAACCUGGAGGUCAUUCCAGGGCUAUGGAAAUCAAAUGUUAAUAGGCUGAAAAAGCUGUCUGCCAUAUAAGUAUAAUACUAACUCAUAAAAGGAGCAGAUGCAUAGAUUAGAUGGCUUUAGGACACCCACAAAAUGUGCAUGUUGUGCUUAUUCUAAUUCUCCCUUCUGUUGAUGGUUCUGUUUUAUGAGCUGUGCUGAAGAGCCCUCUUGGAUUAUGGUGAAGUUUUUGAUAAAUUGUAUUCCAAGAUGCUAGGUCAUUUACAGCAUCAUGAGGGGAGGAAAUGCAGUAUGUUCAAAACAAUUGCAUUGCCUUCUCCUCAAAAUACUUUCUCCAGCCAGGUUGACAUGAGAGAUGUGCUCCCUCCAUACCUUUUUCAAUGGACAGUCAAAUAGUUACCAACCAUGAAUUUCUUAACAGCAGUAAUACAUCAUUAUGUUAAAUUCACAUGUCAUCUUCAAGAAGACUUGAAAUGCAGUCCCUCUCAUUAAAAGGUAAAGGGACCCCUGACCGUUAAGUCGAGUCGCGGACAACUCUGGGGUUGCCGUGCUCAUCUCGCUUUACUGGCUGAGGGACCCGGCGUUUGUCCGCAGACAGUUUAUCCGGGUCAUGUGGCCAGCAUGACUAAGCCUCUUCUGGCAAACCAGAGCAGCGCACGGAAACACUGUUUAUCUUCCCGCUAGAGCGGUAGCUAUUUAUCUACUUGCACUUUGACGUGCUUUCGAACUGCUAGGUUGGCAGGAGCUGGGACUGAGCAACGGGAGCUCACCCCGUUGUGGGGAUUCGAAAAGAAGCUUGCUAUUGUUCCAGAAGUCUGGAAUCCUCAGGCAGAGGGUGCCCAGCCCUAAGUGAAAAUUAUUCUCAUGUGGGUUCUGCCAGCUGUCAGGAUAGAGUGUCACAUCUUGCCCCCCUGCUUUUUCUAUCUGACAACCCAGUUAUGCAGUUAAAUCUGGACUACCAUUUAAUAUAUGCAUUCUUGACUAUUUGCAAUUCUUUACGAUAUUUGACCCAUGAUAAAGGCAUAGCGAGACAGCUAUCAAUGUGGCAUUUUAACACAGCAAAGUGUUCUAAUAGCAAUUGCAUAUCUGAAAAGCACUAACAGUUUUAUAAUUAACACUUACGUAGGAUAAAACAGUUACUCAAAGAAGAAUAGUGAUGAUGCAGAAGGUGUGAUAUUCUUAUGUUUUGACACCAUUAGUGUACACAGCAUUUCAGAGGAGCAAAAUAAUAAUUAUCUGAGUAGUUUUGCAGCUUGCUUGAUAGAUAGCUAGAAAAUCAUGUGUUCUGUGGCCCCAAGAAAAUAAUGCUCACACCCUUUCAUAGAUGGUUGGCAUGGUUAUAGUUACUUUCGUGUGGUAUAGUCAUUGGUUCAGGGCCAUUGAAUAUAGUAACAUGCAGGAGAGGAGCUAUGAUAUAACUUGAUCCCCCAAUGAAGGAAGCUUGGAAACAACCACAUUUAAAAUUUCUUGGAUGUUUAAUUUUUUGAGGUCACUUCUUGACUGAACAAAACUAUGGACUGAUUCUCAACCAUCUCUCUCUCUCUCUCUCUCUCUCUCUCUCUCUCUCUCUCUCCUCCCCCCCCCCCAGGUUUGGUGUGUGUUAUUUUGAUUUAAAAGUCUGUAGUCUAGUGAACAAUUUUGGCUAAGUAAUGUUGCUUUUUUACUUGUUUGCAAUUCCAAAGAAGGCUUGAAAAGCCUGGGUCUCGCUUUUUAUUCCUUGUUGCUACGUUAAGUUGGCGGUGGGUCUAAGUGCUUUGUAGCUAGAUACCCCAUAUUCUGCCUUUACUGUUCAAAGAAAAAGACAUCUAGGUGCCUUCUAUAAUUUACUUUUUAUAGGAGCAAGGUGACAGAAAUAUUUGGGUCGCUUCUGCAUGCUAGAUCAGAAAGAGCUUCCAUCUGGUUCAACAUUCUGCUUCCAACAGUGGCAAACUAGAUGCUUGCAGGCAGUGGCACAAAGGCAGUAACUCUCUGUUAUGUCACCAGCAUUUGCCAUUCAUUAACAUAACAGCAUCUGAAAAUGGAGGUUCUGUUUAGCUUUAAUAGCAGCACUAAAUAGACCCUUAAGAAAAAGAGUCCUGCUGGAUCAGAUAGAGGGUCCGUUUAUUUCCCACAGUGGCUAACUAGCGCUUUGGGAAAUUAACAGAAGGCAGAUCUAAAAUGGUGACUGUGACCACAUUCUAUAGUAAUGAACACCAUAGUUUUGUUACGGAAAUGACAUGUGGGGAGCACAUCUUUAAAGUUAUUUCAGUGUUACAAAUAUUAUGCCUGAAUGUAUCCUUUCGACUUGACAGCUCAGGGAAGAUACUUAGCUUUAUAAAUUUAUAGAAAAUCCAUACUUUAACCAACUCUCCUCAUUCCAACGCCAUUUUAACCAUUAAAGAAAGGUGAAUUUGGGCUCCACCUCCCCCAAUGAACCAAGAAGCAGGAAGUCACUUAAGCAGCAGGAACAGGGCAUCCUGCCAUAAUUCCCCAAGUGUGAGACGGGGCCCCCAACCCAGGGAGUGACCAAAGGGGACACAAUAGAUGUCCACAGAAGCAGUUUAGCAAGUCAGGUGUUCUGAAGGCCCAUCUCCAGACAAGUCUCCUGAGGGCAAGGAUAUGUAAAGAGUUUUAUUGUUCUUUCGGUGAUGGGUACUUAAGAGGUGUUGGGAAAGGUGUCUGAUAAAGUAACCUAAUGUUGAACUUCUGUAACCCUUGUAUAUCCCUCCCAUUUGUGACAUGCUAGUGAUUUAGUGAUGAAGUAUCAAUAAUGCCUCUCAAAGUGUAUUCUGGGGGAAAGAGGGAAGUUUUAAAAGAGGAUGUCACCCCAUGCUGGGGGUUCUUACUCCUUUGGGCGCCUGUUGCGCAACAAUAAAGACCAUGGUCUACUGACCGCUGUUUUGCUCCAAAUUACUUGGCUGGAACUUUCGUCUUUUACUGACCACGUAGACCCAUGGGGGACUUGCACCCCGACAAGCUGGGCUGUUGAGUAGUAUCUCACCCCGGAAUUUUUUUUCCUAUAACAGUCUUAAUAGCUAGAAUUUGGCACCAGUGAUUUCAUAGGUUGUUGUACUAACAACAUGCAAAUGCUUGUUUUUCAGACGACGCCUAGCAGAGCGCCAGUGGGCAAUGGAAAGAGCGGCCAUUAUAUGUCGAUGGACAUGGCUGCAGGCUCAGGUUUCUGACUUGGAAUAUCGUAUAAGGCAGCAGACUGAUGUUUACAAGCAGCUCCGUGCCAAUAAGGUAGGCCAGCUUUCUUCUUUUGAGAAGUAUCUCUUUCAUUCUCUAACCUCUUAUUCAGGAACUAUACCAAGGUUUGGAUCACAGUUUAUUUUGGGAGUUCAGGAGCAGGUUGACUAUGAUGUAGUUAAUGCACGCUAUAAGGUAAGGCCCUCACUGUGGUAUAAUUAGAGCUGCAAGUUGCAGCUGGGCUUUGUGGCUAGCCGUUAUUAUUUUUUAGCCUGUUGUGAGGUCCAAUUCCGCCUCAGGUCUUCCUGCAACUGUAUGAUUUUUAAAGCAAUCAGAAUUAUGUUAAUAACAUGUCAGCUGCAACUGGGCACAUGGAAUAUUUCUACACUGGUGUUGAAGAAGUGGACAACACGGGACAUUUAGAAAGCUGUCUGAGCCCUGGUGAAACAAACAGUGGUGGUUAUCUGGGUCAGUCUGCUUCUGUCUGGGACCUGAUUAAGGGCAUUUACUGGCUGCAGCUCUUUUGCGCUAACAGGCAAAGCUACAGGAAGUUUAUCUAAAAGCAGAUAUCCUGCAUGCCCCCUACUGCUACCAAACAUUUUUGCUUAUGGAAGAUUUAGGGAGGCAGGAAGGGAAAGAUCUUGAGUGAAUAAAAAUCUGUCAACUGUGCAAUCCUUCAUGUGCAUGGAUUAGCAAAAUAUUAGGGGCACUGCAGCCAAACAGCUUUGUAAGUCCCAGCCCCAUUUUUGUUAUCUUUGAUAAAUAAUAAACAAAUAUAAAGUAAUUCAGUAGUAGUAGUAACAAUAAUAAUUUAUAUGCCACUGGGUUUCCUCAAAAAAUAGUAAAAGAACAAUACAACAUCACACACUAAAAACUUCCCUGAACAGGGCUGCCUUUCAGAUGUCUUAAAAAUCACACGUGAAUAAUGUCCUUUUUUAUUCUUUAGGGCCCUGUUGUCUUGGGUGAUCUCCAGCACGAGGAUGUGAUGAGACAACAGAGUCGUCUAGGUUCUGCAGCUGUGGUGAACUCCAGGAAAAAUAAAAUACUGCCGCCACCCUCCUCCCACCUGAAGGUGCCUACUGGGGACAGGCAGUGCGACUUGUCUCCCUGUAUCCCUUCCUACCUCCUGCAGAAUGCAGAGAAACAGGUCAGUGUAUAAACUGUGGCAGUAGACUCCUUUUGUGCAAAGAUAUUGCUUAACAAUGUGUGUUCCAGUCUUUAAAAUCUGCAUUGCCUUGGAUUGAGGCUUGAAAUAACUCAUGUGCUUGAUUGAUGGGUGUCUAGAAAUGUAAUGCGUUUUUUUAAAAAAAAAUCCUGUAGAUGUACAGGGUGAGUAUAAGUGACUAAAUUGGUGCUGGUUUCUAAUGAAAGCAGGAUUUGGAUUUCCACCCCACACCUGCAUUAGAAAAAUUGCUAAAAAGUCUUGGUGGAUACUGUAUUCACAAACAACUUCUCUUCAUUCAUCUGGCCUUCCUUUUACCAGAUAUUAUGUCCCAGAUAAAACAGAAAUGGAAUCUUAAGUUUUAUUUGUGAUAUAGUCCCCUGGGAGUGUUCUUGAAAGGGCUUACAUGGGUGAGGCUCCUGGGAAAUUUUGCUCUUGACCUUGGAGGAGGCAGAUUUAAAUUUGUGUUCUUGGUGGAGGGGCUGCAUAGAGUGGGGGUCUGCUUCUCUUGCUAAAUACAAUAAAAAGGAUAUAAUUAUAAAAGAGUUCUGGACAAACAGUGAUAGAUUUCAUCUUAAGAGGCUUUUCCCCAAUGGCAUCUUUUAAACAGAUUUUAUACCUUUACAAAGUGUGUAAAGCCUGCUGCUUUUGUAAUAAUAUGGUGACUACUUUUUAAAAGCAGUGAAACGAAGGCUGAGAAACAUGUCCCAGGACAACUCAUAAAUAGGAGACUGAACUGGGGUUUGAACUAAGAAGUAACAGUUUUCCCAAUAACUUACACGGUUCUUUCCAUACUGUAUUAGCUUUCUGGGGAAUGGUAGGUAUUCUCUUACAGCUCCUGAGCACAUGAUAUCCAGAGUUUACCUCAUUUGUUCUGGGACAUCUUUUGAUAGUCACUGAUUUUCACCGUGUACUCUGAUUUUCACCAUGUGCUCAUUUUUCAUUUGGAUUUCUCAGCUGCAGUGCCUGAUGGCUUUAGGGAUCCUGGUAAUUCUGUUUCUCUAAUUGCCUUUAUUGCUCUUGCCCUGCAAACUUCCAGUUUUUUCUCAUUCAUCCUGCCAUAUCUUGCACAGAGACCUAGAAUUCUUUAUGCUUGAUGGCUUUUCUCAAAACAAAAAAUGUAUUUCUCCUUUCAAGUUAUCUUGUUACUGAUUAUCCGCCAGGAGUUGAGAAAGGUAGCUUUAUUUGUCAUUUCAGGUGGUAGGUCUAAUAUGAUACAUAAUGAAUUCCUGUUCACAAGUUAAGAUAGAAUGAAUUGAUCCUGGUAUCUGAGCAAUUGGGAGUAAAAUGCUUGGUUUGCACAGCCCUCUGUAAACCUAGUUGUCUGUAGUGAGAUCUUUUUCUGAGCACAUACUGCUAGGUGAAAUAGUGAAAGUUCUUCCAUAGUUUUGUGGAAGCUGUUCGCAUGACUGAAACAUGUCUUCAUGCAUUGGCAGUGGCUGUCAUGGUGGUUUGCUUCUGGAAGAACAAGUCUUGUCAAGAAACGGGUGGGAAUACUCCAAGAAGAAAUAAAGAGGGCUUCUGCUCCAUUUCUCAUGGAAAAAGUGGUUCAGGAGUAGUGGGGGACUGUCACACUGAUGCUGAGACCUUAUGUUGAAUUGAGGCUCAUGCAGAUGAUUCCUUGAGGUGAUCCAAAUUCCUGGCUGGCUGUUAACAAAUUCUCCCAGUGAUGAGGAAUCUCCGUGGAUUUCCCAGAGCAGAUCUUCUAAUCUUAAUUUCACUGAUAUGUUGAUAAGUGUAUUCUAAAGAGCCAUUCUUUGGGGCCUCUUUGAACUUAACAUGCUGUUUCCACAGGGCAGAGUGAGGGUUUUUAUUGUUCAGGCUUUGUAUACAGUAUGCUUUUGCUACUCAGUGUUGUGUGUUUGGGCUUUGGUUUUAAGGAGGAGUCUCCUCUCCUGAUGGGGUGGGAGGGGAGACUGAAGGAUGUGUGUCAACCUUGGGAAACAGAUGCUGGAAAUCCUGUCCUGGCUGAUUUGCUGGUAUUUGAACUGUCACCAGACACACUCUUUCCCCUUUUCUCUUCCUCCCUCUAUCCCUUCCAUUUGCUCCUGAAUUCAUGUUUUUCUCUGCAAAAUUUUAGACCAAACCUGUGCAUGCCUACUUAGAAGCAAGUUCUGUUAUUUCAGCUUAGCUUACUUGCAAAUAUGGUUGCCUAAAAUGUAAAAACAGAUAAACAACACUCAGGAUGCCAAAUUCAGGGGUGCAGCAAAUGCCUGGAGGCAUAGAAACACAUGGCCCUGAUUACAGCUUUCCUGAAAAUAUUCACUGAGGUUUUUGUGUUUCCUGUUAAGUGACUGUUAGUGCAUCUUCCCUACAGCAAAACCUCUUUUCUUCAAUGCUAAAAUGAAUAACUAAGUUUCCUGUUAAUGAGUAGCUUAGCUGUCUUCUUAAGUGAAGGUAGCAAAUCUGAAGUUGGGACUACCUGAUGUUGAAAGUGACCUGAUUUUAAAUAUUCUUUGAGAUAAAUUUUCUGACAGCUUUUGGCAUGACAUUUAUGGCAGGUGUGUUGGGUUUGUUGUGUGUUUCAGAGUCUCAUUCUCAAAGAGCUAACGAAGUAGUAUGUUGGAAAUUACCAAAUACGUUAAGCACCAUAACGAUGAGAGCUGAAAUCUUGAGAAGUUUCUUAAAAUGUUAUGUGCCAUUCCUGCAUCAUAGGAUUGUAGCUGUAGAGGAUAAUUGGAUUACUUCCCUCUUUACUGGCAUUUUUUGUUGAAAUCUAAUCAUUAAUGAGAGGAAGGAAAUGCUCAGGUCUUAUUUUUAGUUUGUGGGUGAAAUUUAAAGGCAGCUUUUAUUGUUUAAAUUGGAGCCUGAGGGUGUAUUCAUGGAUCUUUCGAAUGCAGAUAUAUGGAAAGAGGCACGAAUGGUUCUGGAUUAACCCUACUGAGAUGGCAAACUACUUUGCACUUUGUUAAAUUCCUGCUUUUGUUUUGUUUUUUUCCUCUUCCUGCUUCCAGAGCACAAAACAAAUGAGUCUUCUGAUUCAUUCUGUCACAAGACUUACUUGAGUUUGAGAUUUCAUUUUUCUCUUGCAGAAUUCUCGCCUUGCGCAGUCUUUAAGAAACCUUGUGUGUCAAAGUCCCUCCUGUACACCCAUCAAUGGGUCUCCAGAGCCCCCCAAAGCCUGCACAUCACCCCAUCAAGUCAACGGAAUAAGUAACUGGUUAGUCCUACUUUUCUUUCAGGUUGAUCAGUGUGAUGUUCUGGAAUUUGUCUUGCUGAGUAAACAUUGUGUUCUACACUGGCUCUGAUUAAAAGAGAGAAAAUUAAUUUGGUGUUUUUGAGGUGUUUUGAAAAAAAGAAUUCUGUAUGGAUUGCCAUAAUUUUAAAUGUUCUUGGACCAAAAUAGAAUACAUUGUUUAGUGAAGCUUGUUGUAAAAUGCAUUCAGGUCGCUUGUCUGUGGCUCCAUAUGUGCUGGUGUGGGAAGCAAAGGCUUUCUGUGUCUCUUCCUUCUGUACAAUUUCAGUUUUGAAUAUAGUCACAGGAGAACUUUUGGUUGGGGAAAGAUGUUUUCAGGUUCCAUGUACAGUAAUACCUCCGCGAACAUCUGCCCUGUCGACUGUGUUAUAAUCCAUUUUGGCAAACAUCUGCAACAAACCUGGAAGUACCGGAACGGGUUGCUUCUGGGUUUGCCACUCGCGUAUGUGCAGAAGCGCAAACCGCUCCGCGUGUGUGCGCAGAGUGGCGCUUUGUCGAGCAUCCCUUUCAUGGAGCAUCCAGGGUUCCGGAACAGAUCCCAGACUCAAAAGAAGGUACCACUGUAGAGCCGUCAAAUGUCGCCUUUGGGCACCCUACCAGCUUCUUAAGAAAAGUGACUCUUUCUUCAGAACAGAUUCCAUUUCAUUAUUGAUCAAGUUUACCCCUGCGUUGCCAUUUUUAUUCAUCACAAUAGAACAAGAUUCAGAUUACACUUUUAUACCACAAUAUAGUAAAUACAAGCUAUUGGCAUCUACAGAUGCCAGCAUAUGGAGGUCAGUCUUUAGGAAUUUUAUUUCUUGCUGUUCUGUCAUGUCAGAGAAAGGCAUUAAAUUGAUUGUAGGAAGAAUAGGUGUUUAUUUUGAGGCCUUAGCCUGAGUCUCCUGUAUUACCCCACAUGACCAGCUCCCUAUCCUGUAUCUACAUUUUUUCUUUAUCAAAUACCUGCAAGGCAGGGGUGCGUUGUUCCUCUGAGAGUCCCCUGGGUGCAAUGCCUAUGGUUCACAUGCAAAGAGUAGUAGUGACUCCUUGCAAGAGAACGUCUUGCUGUCCUUAAUUGGGUUGAAUCUAACCAAGUCAUUACACAAGCAGAUAUACUUCAAUUUGUGCAACCGAUCUUCCCCUCCACACUGCCCCCAAAUAUGCUCUAGAAUAGGACCGGGCAAUAUAUCAAUAGAUUGUUUUAUACCGCUAUUGAGAGCAAAUCAGGAUAACCAUUUUUUAAAAAAAAUACCUGGCAAUAUACCAUGAAUCGGGUGUGUGCUUGUGUGGGAUAGUCAAAUAGCACGAUACUGCAAAAACUGGGAAGCCAAUUGUUGUAAACAAAAAUCUGCUCUUUUCCCUUAUGGGGUAUCCAAGAGCCCAUAUAGAGUUCUUUUUUUUUUAUUAUAAGAUAUUUAUUAAAAUUUUCAAGAUAUUACAAAAUAAAAAUAGAAAAAAGAAAAAUACAAAAGAAAAAUAGUUAAAAACAACUCAAUCUUUCCGUUACUUAUCUUUCAUUAGCUUGUUUCCCGGACCUCCUCACGCCUCCCUUUUUUGUAUUCCAGUUCGGUUUGUUAGUUCAGCAAAUCCUUCCCCUCUUUGUUUAUCCUAGUCUUUAAUCUUAAAAUAUUGUAACAUUAAAUUUUUACCUGUUAGUAAUCCAUUUUUCAUAUUCCCUUAUAGUAUUACAGCUAAAAACCACUUAAUUUCUAUCCAACAUCUUUGCAGAUAAAUACAGUUCAAACCUUUCCCCCCUCCUCUCCUGCAAUCCGGAGGGGAGAUCGCUUUUCAGAUGUUAGGAUUUGAGUCCUUUUUCAAAUGUCUUUCAAAGUUUCCGCUUACAGUCUCUUUGCUUUGAUCUGUUUACAAGAAACGGAAGGCGGACUUCCUGUUUAUGCCUCCCCGCUUCGGUGCCGAAUUAAUUGUUUUUCUCCCUUUAAGUCCAAUUUUUUUUUUUUUUAAAUUGAUAUUUAUUAAAUUUUCAAAAAGUAACAAGUAACAACAAAAAUUUCCAAAAAAAUUUGAAAAUACAAAUAAAACAAAAAUAAUACAGAAAUAGUAAAGAAGAAAAAACCAGCCGCAAAAAAAAAAAAAAGAAAAACAGAAAAACAGAAAUAUAAAAUCCUUUACGAUCUCCAUUAACUUCCUUUCUAGACUUCCUCCUCCUUCCGUCUCUUGUUUCUUAGUAUUUAAUUUUUACAGCAAAUCCUUUCUGUUUUUUCAUAACAAUCUAUCAUUGCGUUUCCUUAUUCUAUCUUCCCUCUUGUCAUAUAAAAACUUUAAACCUCAAAGCUUAUAUUCAAUAUUUAGCAAAUUCUUACAUCAUUACCUUUUUCAAAUCAUUUACCAAUCCUUACUUAAGUCAUAUAAUUUCAUUCAACAUCCUUCAAACAUUUACAAACAUUCCCAAUAUUAGAAAAUAAGAAAGCAAAACAAUAAGUCAGAUUCAAUCCAGUCAACUUCCAGCCUCCCUCCCCUGGACCCGGGAUUGUCAGUCCUUUUAACCUCAAUAAUCCGGCUCCUUAACCUGGUUGUCUCAUAUCCGAGGCCCUCAAGUCUCUUUCUUGCCCCUUUCGCCACUCUUGUUGAUAUUUCCCUUUCAGUCGUGGAUACUCCAGCAAGAAGAUGCUUUUGACUCUUUGCAACAAGUCCAUCCCAAACCCAUUGCCCAAGCCAGACAGCAGAUAAUACCACUUCCAAUUUCCACGAAACUUGGAGACUUCGACUACUCCAUUCCUCUGAUGGCCCAUCACUAGACUCGGAAAGUCCAAAUAACCAUAUAGAGGGGUGUCAAUCCAUCCCCCCAUUUCCAAAUCUGACCACAUUUCAUCUUUCCGAAUCAGAUAUAUCCCAAGUUCAUUUAUCAAGUUCAACGGCUGAUCUUGCCCAUCCAUAGGUCCCUCCGUCUCUGAAGCCUCCGUCGCUACAGCAGGUUCAUAUACUUGUAUAGACUUUAACUGAAUUUCAUUUGUUUGCUGCUGUGCUCUGGUAACUUCCAUCCUCAUCAAGGUCGACUCCUGACGCAUCUGGUCCAGCUGGGCACUUAAUUUUGCAAAACCUUCCAGGAACACUUGUUCAAGCCUUUGUACAAGCAUUGUCCUUCAAGGUCAGAAAAAAUUCUUUCCCACGAGAAUGAUCCUUCUCUUUUAAACUCUCUGCAUUGCAAUUUCACUCAGUUCCACUAGAUGGAAACCCCCCCCCUUUUUUUUUAAGAGGGGGAAAAACAACAGUAACAAUUUUUCUUUUUCCAGAAACACUUUAUCCAAAAUUCCCCCUUUCAAAUUCAAGAGGCAACAGUAGAAUCAAAAUGUUACCCUUCUUUUAACUAUCUGUCGAGCUGGAUAAGCUUCAAAACGUCAGUUCUGACAGCCCGCUCCUGGUUCAGGGCGGUGGAAAAUUACUUUAUUUUAAACUCUCUCCCGCAGGGUUGAAAAGAUCAAAACAACCCCCUUCUUCUCCUGCAAUCGAAGGGGGGGUUCAGAAAUCUUAGAUGUUGAAUUUUAGUUCUCUCAGAAUUUAGUUUCCAGGCUUUAGUAUAAUUUGUCUUUGCUUUCUUCACGUAACAAAAGAACGGAAGGCGACUUCCUGUUUAGACCUUUCCGUUCCGAGUCCCAAUUAAAUUCAAUUUCAAGUUCAAAUCCAAUGUUAUUUAUUUAUUCACCAAUCUUAAAAGUAGUUCAGCUCUUCCAGGAUCGGGUACUCACGGAUAGAUGUUUUAGAUGCCAAAUUGUCCAGGAAAAAGGCAGCGCUCUCCGAAAACGGCAGUGCGGCUUUGCUGCACGGAGGAAGCAGACGACUCACAGCACCACGCACCUCCCACUCCGGAGCCCGUUACCGGGCUCCUGGGCCAGGGAGAGAGCGCUCUCGGUGCCCGCCGAGUCCCACGCCCACAGGCUUCUUCCGCCUGUGGUUUUUAAGGGUCCCCGCUGCGCCGUAGCGGCAGGACCCAGGCCUCCGUGCAGCGGGUUCCCUUCAGUUUGAAGGGAAUUCCGCCAUUUUUCGGAGGUGCCUAACCCCUUUAAGUCCAAUUUUAUCCUACUCACGGGUAGUUGCUUUUGAAGUCAAAUUGUCCCAGGAAAAAGUCAGCGCUCUCCGAUAAUGGCUGUGCGGCUUCACUCCAUGGAAGAAGCAGUCGACUCUCAGCACUGCGCCGCUCACCCCGUUUCGCUCCGGAGCCUGUAAAUAGGUUCCUUCGCAAAUUGGGGGGGGUGCAAAAGGUGCCCGCCAAGUCCCACGUUCACAGGCUUCACCCGCCUGUGAUUUUUGAAGGGUCCCCGCUUCGCCGCAGCGGUGCAGACCCGAUCCCGCGGAGCUGGUCCCUCAGAAAGUCAGAGGAAUCCGCCAUUACCAAUGGCACCAACCCGGAAGUUCGAGCCCAUAUAGAGUUCUUAUGUAGGUUCCCUAUUGGUGGGAGAAAAUAACAGAGGCCAACCAGAGAAUAUUGAGAAGCAAAGCAGCUAGUAAACCUGAUCUUUAUUGAUCUGUUGCAACAGGGUCUCCCCUCACACGCAGGAAAGGAGGAGGACCCAGAACCUAGGUGUGCCCGCCCUUAUAUAGACAUUUUAAAUUGCCCGCCCCGGAGUCCACCACCCCCAGAAGCAUCAUACAUACAUCACAGAAGGGGUGUAGCUCAAGACCACCCCCAGACACAUCAUACCUACAUCACGGAGGGGCGGUCUACAGCAGAAAUCUGAGUGCGUUGUUUAUUUCCUGUCUGGCAGGUUACCUGUUAAUGCUUACUUGAUUGGAUACCCUGGGGAUCCUGGCCAGUCUUUUGUAAUGAUAAAUACUGUAUUUUUUGCUCUAUAAGACUCACUUUUUCCCUCCUAAAAAGUGAGGGGAAAUGUGUGUGCGUCUUACGGAGCGAAUGCAGGCUGCGCAGCCAUCCCAGAAGCCAGAACAGCAAGAGGGAUUGCUGCUUUCACUGCGCAGCGAUCCCUCUUGCUGUUCUGGCUUCUGAUAGUCAGAAUAUUUUUUUUCUUUUUCCUCCUCCAAAAACUAGGUGCGUCUUGUGGUCUGGUGCGUCUUAUAGAGCGAAAAAUGCGGUACUUAGUUCCUGAGCCAGGUCACAGGCUCACCCUAUUCAUACACAGACAUACCGUUAAGACAGGAUUUGUGAAGGAAAAGACAAUGGGGAGGCUUUUCCAUUUUCCUUUGACCUUGCAGAGAAAACGUUUGGUCAGUUUGGGAAUCAAAAAUGGUUUCAGGUCGGUCUUCCUGUGCUGAUCUAUGUCCGUGCUUGGUUGGUACAUUUAUGAACAUUUAUUAUACAUCUAAGACCUUAAAAUGCUUAUCACACGAUGCUUCUUCCUGUCCUGUGCAGCUGUUGCAAUUGCUAAGUGCCAUAGCUGCCCCUCCUGCAGCGGCAGUGGCAGGCUGAUGCAAAAAUCGCUCUUUGAGAAAUCGUGUGUGCACUGCAGGGUAACUCUCUGCCGCAGCUCUCCGUAUGCCUUGCCUGCCUUCUUGGCGGCAGGCAAAAACCGUCCUUGGAGAUAUCUGUGUGUGCAGCCUAACUCUGCCCAAGGGCUCUGUCUCCUGAGCAGGCGGAGGUGAGCAGCCGGCAAGCGGGAACUUCCCUCCCUCAGAGACCCAGGCUCUUGCUGAAAGGCAGCCACCAGGCUGAUAGGUGGCUUAGGUAGAUGCAUGGCUUCUGGAAUCUGGAGCCUCUUUUCUCCUCCUGUUCUCCGUAAAAAUAUAAACUGGGGUAAUGGGAAAAAGAAAGCAUAAGAGCCACUUCCCUCUUCCCCCUGCUGUGCUUGUUCAUUGCAGUUAGGUGUGAUUGUCUGUACCUCACUCUCUCCCCACUGCUGUGUUUGUGUGCAUGUGGGUUUUGUUUUUGUGAAAAAGCAGAACACUUUUUAAAAAAAAUUAACACAGCCACUUUAUGCUGGCAGGCGACAGGAAAUGCUCUAAAGUAGCUCCCCACCACCACCCUCACUCUGCUUCCCCUGUCCCAAGCAAGCUUCCCUCUUUCCCCUGCUGUGCUUGUUGAUUGUGGGUGUGCGAUUGUCUGUCUGUCUGUCUGUCUGUCUCGCUGUGUGUGUGAGCGCGCGCGUCUCCCUUCCCAUUCCCGUGUUUGUGUGCAGUGCAUUUUGUUUUGUUUUUAAAUUAACCCAGCCUCUCUUUGCUGGCAGGCAGCAGCUCCUUUUCUUAACUUUAAAGUACAGUGGUAACCUCGGGUUACAUACGCUUCAGGUUACAGACUCCACUAACCCAGAAAUAGUACCUCGGGUUAAGAACUUUGCUUCAAGAUGAGAACAGAAAUUGUGCAGCUAUGGCGCGGUGGCAGCAGGAGGCCCCAUUAGCUAAAGUGGUGCUUCAGGUUAAGAACGGACCUCCAGAACGAAUUAAGUACCACUGUAGUUUCCUCCUCCUCCACCAUCUCCCCUGUCCCAAGGAAACUGCAAAGAAACAAACUUCAUUGAAGCUCUGGCCACCUCCCUCUUUUUCCCAUCUGCAUGUGCUUCUUAUUGGGUGUGGGUGUGCGUGUGCAAAUGUCUGUGUGUCUCCCUCAUUAUUCUCCUCCAGACACUCUCACUACCCUAAAACUCUUAUCAAUUCUCCCCUUGCCCCUUUGCUUUCUCACACAUUUGUUAUUAUUAAUGACAAAUUAAUAUAUUAACAUUAAUAUAUUCUCCAGAAAUCUGUAAUGUUAUAGUUCAAGCAUGCUAUUGAGUAAAUUUUCAUAUAAUUAAAUGCAUCAAAUUUUCCUUGCGAAAAUAUUUAUGUUUGUUUAAUAAUUUUAAAUUCUGUAAAUUUUAAUCCAUUCUUUCUGGUUUGGCCUGGUUUAUAAAAGAAAUGCAAAUUCCCCUGGCACUAAAAAUAUAAAUUUCAUUUAGGAAUUUUUUGUUCUGUAAAAAUUUAUCCAUUCCAUUCUUUCUAUUUUCACCUGGUUUAUAAAUGAAAAUUAAACAGUUAUUAAACUGGUGUUGUGGGAUGCGAACCUUCAACUAAGACUCAGUAGUGAAAGAUAUUUGAAUAUCUAAAAAUGUGACAGUGAUUGUGAAUUGGCUUUUUUCUUGUGUAGUAAUGUAAUCAAUUUUUUUAUGAAACGUUCUUACAAAUACUGUACAGUGGUACCUUGGUUCCCAAAUGGCUUGGCUCCCAAACAAAUCGGCUUCCGAACGUCACAAACCCGGAACAAAGUGUUCCGGUUUGCGAACGUUUUUUGGAAGCUGAACAUUUGUCUCGGCUGUUGGCAUUGUUUCCGGGGCCAAUCAGAAGCCACGCCUUGGUUUGAGAAUGUUUUGUAAGUUGAAUGGACUUCCAGAACGGAUUGAGUUCCUGAACCUAGAUACCACUGUAAGACCUGGUCAAUUACAAUAACAACUUUGUAAAUUAUAGAGUUUUUGUUUUCUUCCCCUUCCCCCUUUACUUUGCCUUCUACGUGGGUGCUGUUUCUCUUUUAUUUAUGUCUCACCAUGAUUAGUGUACAUAAAAUUAUUCUUCUAACUUUCAAAAACAAUUUUUUAAGGAAACAUUCUCUCACCUUACCUUUGAUAUCUAUGCUACUGAAUUACUUCUACAGCUUCAAUUUUAGAGAAAAUUGAAUUUAAACAUUAUCAGUACAAUUGUACUGUAACAUAACAGUUUUAACAAUACAGUCGUACCUUGGGUUUCGAACAGCUUAGUUCACAAACAACUUGGAACUUGAACGUCACAAACCCAGAAGUAGGUGUUCUGGUUUGUGAACUUUGCUUCAGAAGCUGAACGGCCGGUGCGACUUCCACGGAUUCCAAUUGGCUGCAGGACGCUCCUGCAGCCAAUCAGAAGCAACGCCUUGGUUUCCAAAUGUUUCGGAAGUCGAACGGACUUCUGAAUUGCAUUCUGUUUGAAAACCAAGGUACAGUUCUAUGUUAAAUAAAGGUAAGUAAAAAUUUAUCAGUUUUAGAGUUAGACCCCUAAGCAGUAGCAGUUGCCAGGGCAUCACCACAUUCACCUCUACAUUGUUCCAGCCUUAUUUCAAACAUCGUGAUAUAUUGAAAUAUCACGAUGUUUAGCUGGUGAUAAUGUAGAAAAAUUCCAUUGUGCUUCUGGCAGACGCUUGUGCAAUGGCUUAGUUGGAUCCAACCCAUUGUUCCCCAGUGCCAGAGUGGUGGCUUUGUGUUUGCACUGGACCUGGUUCAGACUUGCAAUUAAAACUUGUUGCAUGCUUGGAAUCUGAAGAAUCACUUCAACUCUCUUUCCGUAUUUUUGUUACGGUUCAUCUUACCUUGGGCAUCAUUUUAUUCUUUCUUGUUGAUUUUGGAACUUUCAAAAUUUCGUAGAAAGGAUUCUUUCUUAGUUCUCUCCAACCCGCCCCACCCCACUCUACUAUUGCUGAAUAUUUGAGGCUGACCUGAAGUCAAGGAAUUACAGUGGUACCUUGGUUUGCAUAUGUCUUGGUUUGCAUACGUUUUGGAUUACAAUCACGUCAAACCCAGAAGUGCAUAUCCCGGUUUGCAACCUUUUUUUGGAAUACAACCCAUUUUUAUUUUUUUGAUUAUGAACUAAUUUUUUUGGAAGGCCCCAUUGGCAAAAGCGCGCCUUGGGUUACAACCUGUUUUGGUUUACAAACGGACCUCCAGAACGUAUUAUGGUUGUAAACCAAGGUACCACUGUACAGAGCAAUGGUCUUAGGGUCAUGUUGUGGCAAUGUAUACUGGAAACUUUAUUGAAUACAAAAAUCGCACCCCUCCUACUUUGAUCACAUCACAUUUAGAAUGCUCUGAAGUGAUGGGGACUGUUAAUGUAACGUGAUAAAAGAAGUUCCUGUGCUCCAUAAUGGUAUCCUACUUGCACGGCUCCCCUUGGGACAUCUGGCUGGUCUUUGUGGGUAAUAGGACAAGGCUGAAUAAACUAAUUUUGGGGGGUUAUUUUGCUUUCACUAAUCAUAAGUAAAACUAACUCAAGUUUGUCCAGGUUCAGAUGUCAAAACAAGAUGUAAACAAACGUUUCCAAGCUCCUUAUGGUUGUGUUUGGGGUAGUGCACGUCCAAGGUUUGCUGCAGCUCAUCCUACUGCUAACCCCUGAAAAUGAAGCCAUUUGCUGCAUUCAGCUACUUGGAAUGCACCCUAGUGAGCCUGACUCAUGCCCCACUCUAUGCAUGAAGGGAAGAGAUUUAAAGCUCCUAUUCUGAACAAGCUGCAAUUUCCUGUCAUAUUAAAGCGUUUGCCUAGCAUCCAUUUUAAUGCCAUUUUGGCGCCAGACAAAAGCAUUCUUCUUCUUUCAGCUUUUUAAUUACUUUUAAAGUUUCAAAUUGAAUUUAAAAUGAUGUCAUCUCUUCUAGCUCAUUUUCAAAUUCUUAUGGUGAUUGUGUUUUGCUUAUACAGGUGGUGUUUUUAAAUUUGGUAUAAUUGAGCCAGGGUUGAAGUUGCUUUUGUUGCUCUUUGGUUUGUUCAUUUAUUAAUAACUGGUAUCUGGAUGUGUUUCACUGCUUUUAAUCUGUUUUAUUAUAUGUUGCCUAGAGGCUUUGGCAUGAGGUGACUGAUAAAUAUAUCUUCCAUGUGCAGGAAACCAUGGCUUGUAAAAACUGAAAUGAAUAAGCCAUUAUGUCCAACCAGGAUGUGAGCCUGAUGUGAGAUCCUUGUUCGUUUAUAGAGGGUUUUAUCCAACCUUGUUCCUGUACAAGCAGUUUGCACAAGCAAAGUGGACUUUCACUCAUGCAGCAGGACUGCAUCUUGACUCUCCUCCCCCCUGCAGUUGCCCCCCCCCAGCUCCAAAAGCUGCUCCAGAAAUUUGGGGGAUCCUCUGCAGUAGAUGUGGAGAAUGCACAGGGAGUAGCAGGGGAGAGGAGGCAGAAGCCUAAUUGCACAAGACGGUGUAAGUUUUCUGCCUGUGGUUUGUACAAACUACUUUCUGAACUAUAUUCAGAAACCUUUAAAUAUCCUCUUCUUGCGUGCAAAGGAGGGGUGAGGGAAAUGUGUGAGCCUGAGGCAUGUCACUGCGCUUUACAACGAGCCAUAGUUGUCAAAGAUUUAAGAGAUUGCAAAUCUUUACAUGUUGGCUGUUGCUUGGGCAUUGUGAUCAGUAUCUUUUAAUGUCUGUUGGCAGCAGAUAACUCAUGAAAUGAAUGGAAUGCUAAGUGGCCGGACUCCAGAUUCUUGGCAUGCUCCAUCCCAUUCAGUUGGAUCCAUGCCUCUGUUCCUACUUGCUAUCCCAUGGACACUGAUCCAGCAGGGCUCUUCUUGGUUCCUUAGGUGCUUGGUUCCUUAGGUCUCUGGUUGAUGCUAUGAACAUGGUGUAGCAAAUGCUUAGAGGAUGCUUCACUGCAGCACCUGACACAAGCCUUCUUAGUUGGUUGGGUGCUCUUUGGUAAUGUUCUGGACACAACUUGGGAAGCCUAGUUAUCCCAACAAAUGUCUAGAAAAGCCUUCCCCAACCCCCAGUUGUUAUUGCACUGUAGACAAACCUGAGUCCAAGCUAGUAUGGGCCAGUAGUCAGGAAUGAUGGCAACAAUUGUCAAACGAAGAUAGGGAGAAUGCCAGGUUGGGGAAAGUUGGUGGAAUAAGGCGUUUCAAAAAACAACAACACAAUACAGCAUCUUGAAACAGCCAUCACUAGCUCAGCAUGUGCCUUUACCAUGUUUGACUAAAAUGGCAAGGUGUGAAACCUCCGAAUCUUCAUUUUUGUACCACAGUGUUUCCGUAACCAAAAGCCUACUUUGUCUUGCUUUGUUUUGAGUACCGUCUGUUUGCUGGCAGAAAAGAUAAGAACACCUGGGCAUAUAAAAUGCAUCAACAUUGCUUCCUCCUGAAUGUUGGCUGUAUGUGUUGUAACAGUUCUCCCUGCCUCUGCUGCACCCACCAGUUCUGUGGCUCCCUGUCCAAGGUGGGACAAUGAUUCCCUCCCAGGAGAAGGAUUGCUUCUGUUUUGAUGGGACCACUUUGCCUUAAAUCCUUAAGCACAUUGCUGCCUAACGUUGGACCCUGUAUGGCAGGCUAUAAAACAAAAUAAACACAACUGUGUUUUGCCUGUCUUCUUAAGGUUUUGAUUUUGAAGAUGUUUAAUGUUGAUUAAAAUGAUUUAAUCCCUGCUUGGGUUGCUCUCUUUGCCAGACUAUUUAUUUGUGGCAUUCAAGGGCGUGGGUGCGUGUCAGCAAAACAAUGUCCAUAGCCCUUAAUGGUGCCUCUGUUUUUGUUUAGAUCAGGCAUGUCCAACAGGUAGAUCAUGAUCUAAUGGUAGAUCAUUGGACAUCUCUGGGUAGAUCACUGGCUCCCCCCAAAGCAGCUGAACAACAUUGCAUUUUUCCCUGUACCCCAAAGAAAUGGGGCCUUCCUCCCCCCAAAAAAAGCUCAACAACUUUGACCUAAUCACUGCCAGUUUUUAACUCUGUGAGUAGAUCGCAGUCUCUUUGGAGUUGGCCACCCCUGGUUUAGAUUAUAAAAACAUAAUUGCUCACAAAUAUUUGGUAAAGAUUAAUCCUUUAAUUACAAGAGGAAGGAGAGUGUUUUUCUUUCCCUCUCACCCUGUCUGCCUGGAGCUCUCGCUUUCCCUGCUCUUCUCCCACUGCUGCAUUGUGUUAAAUGGGCGGGCCAAGAGGAGUUGGAAAUGGGCUGGGUGUAUGUCACUACCCUGGAACCGGGUUUGUGGUGGUUGGGUCUCCCACGCCCCAGGGUUGGAAUGCAUAGUUAUCUGUGACUGCUAUGUGGAAGGGAAACAGUUGUUUUUAAAACAUGAAAGGAGUUUGGGUUUUCCCCUUUUCCUUUUCUCCCUGCCCCCUCCCUCACAGUUGCAGAAGCCAACAUGGUGAAGUUUGAGGAGCCCCCCCCCCCCCCCCGCAAACUGGAUAUUUGCUGGCGUGGGCCUCUGGGCUCUGUAUAUGAGCUCAGUCACCCAAACCUCUUCCCCAGGACUUGCAAACUUCACAGUGGUAUGAAAAACCUCUUGGGCCUUUUGUCCUAAGUGACAGUGGAUUCAGGUUGUUUGUAGAACAGGAAUGUGUUUGAAUGUACUGAAGCAUGAUGGGUUUUGCAUAUUCCUCUUAAUAUCUCUUAAGGCAAUAGUAUGGAUGGGUGGAAUAUUUCCCAGAAAACUCUUAAGAAACAUAAAGCUCAUAUUUUUCAACCUGUUUGCUUUUCUUAAAAUGCAUUGGAUUGGAUCCAAACGUGUCUUUCUGCUAGCCAAGUGCUUCUUUAGCUCGCAGAAGAGCUGCUUCCAGACUGGCAGAAGAGCAUGAGAGAAAUGACCCUAAACCCAGAGAGGUUGCUCCAUUUGCACAACCUCUUACUUAAGACUUUGCAGAAACCCUUUUUUGAGACUUUUUCUUAAGGCCCACUAGAGUGUAUUCGCCCUGUUUUUGUUAUUUGCUGUUGCUCUGUAAUUCAACUUCCUGAUAGACUAUGGUUCUGCACUGUGAAAAAUGGCCUCUGUUGCUGGCACGUGAGUUCACGGAGCAGAGCUAAUCCAUUUUCCCUUCCACUCAUGGUUCUGUGGAUCCACACUAUUGGAUUGCAGCCAAAGAUUGCCUGAGCAAAAGGCUGCUCACUCAGCAAAUUUGUUUCACCCCCCCUUUAUAUCCUUUUGAAACAUCAUUCCUGAACAGUGUGGGCUGUUUCCUUCUCCUACUUCACAAUUAUACACUUACCAUCUUCAGGCAGGUCUCUUGACACUGGAGAGGCAGUUCAAGAGAAGAGUGAUGGGACUCAAGUUUUACAAGCCUCUUUCUGCAUCCAACCUAUAGUUUCAUAACAUUACUAAGUAAUGUAAAUUGGUGUGACACUGGUCAGAUUGAGCUGUUUCAGAUGACUCUUCCUAGGAAGCAUGCACACAUAGCUAAAUUUAUAUGCUUGAUUUUGGGAGUGUGCUAAAAUUAAUGUUAACAGUUUUAAGAGUCUUCAAUCCCCCCUUUAAAACUUCAAGAAUUAGGGAAGUGUCUACUACUAUCAUGCCUUAAAAUGUUUUGUUAUUCCAGUAAAAAUCAUUUCUAGAGCUUUUAAUUUUUAAAAAUAUAACCUUGAAAGCACAUUCAUUCUUUUUUAGAUAAUGUUUAUAUCCUGCCUUGCUUCCAUCAUGGAACCCUACGUGUUCCCAGGAAGUCUCCCAUUCAAACACUGACCAGAUCCACGCCUGUUUAGCUUCAGCAAGGUGGCCUCAAAUCCAAACCAUGCAACCAGGAACCUAUUUUGCUGUGUGUGUCCCCCCCAUCAGUUUUCUGGCUGAUUUUUGAGAGAUUUCUAUAGCUUGUUAAAUUAAUGCGUAGUACUUCUAUAGUUUCGUUUACUGCAUGCAUGUCAAACAAGUCAUGCUAAAUCAGAUUCCAUUUGAUAAAGGGUUUUGAGAAGUUUUCUGGAAAGCCUACAUCACUCUUUGAAGGGCAAGGUUGUUUACAAUUGUCCUGCUAGCCCUCUGAAGUUCUAUGCUGUCACUUUUGUUUUUUGGUAAUUGUAAAGCAAAGCUGGUGCAAAUAGCCAACAUGGUUAAGCCUAUUUCCUAGCUCAUGCUGACUCUGAGUGGGGACAGUAUAAUCAAUGUUAGGUUUGGUUUUUUUAAGCCUUGCCAGAAGUGAAAAUAUAUACGUUCUGCUUUUCUUUACAUGCCAACAGUCUGUUUACAACCUUGCCCCCCAAAAACAACACAAUUGUAUGUUUAUGUAUACUUGUAUACUUAUGUAUAACUCAUGAUAAUACUUUACACAUCUGAUGAAGUGGACUAAAGACUGUGAAAGCUGAUGCUGUAAAAAUAUUACUCGUAAAGAGUUUGGAAACCUCAUACUAUUUGCAUGGGGGGGGAGAGAAAUAAUGACAUUUGGAUUUGAGAAUUGAAGUUAAUGGUUUAGGGAAUAAUGUUUAUAUAUAGCUUCUUAUCUUUUCUCUCUCUUUUCUUUCUCUCACUUUCUCUCUUUAAAUUCCUUUUCUAUUCCUUUUUAUUUUUCUUUCUCUUCUUUACCUCUUUUAGUUUGGACAAAAAAUAUAUUUGGCAAUAAUUUUAGUAGUUUUUGUUAUAAACUCUAAUAAAAUUCAUUUUUUAAAAAAUAAACGUUACUCUUUAAGGUGCUACAAGGCUCUGUGUUGCUUUCGGUAGGUCAAAUGUGACCGUUGAGGACUGAAACUACAAAAAUACACAUAAUAGGAUAAUCUGCCCAAGUACAGUAUUGAAUCUUCUGGCUCCCUCUUUCAGAAGAAUUUUCAGUGUGUGUAUCUCUUCCUUUUGACUGCAGUUUCAACACAUGCUCCACCAGCAAUUCCCAAGAUGAUGUGGAUGCCAAUAGGAUUCUCACGAAACCGAAGCAACUCAACAACAGCCUGCCUGCUACACUGUCUUCCCUUGACAACAGCUGUGUCGCUGCUAGAAUCCGUCCAAUUUGCAGAUACAGGAAGCGCAGGCUGGUGAGAGUCAGUGCAGUCUCACACCUUAGCAGAAAGGUAGGUGCGAUGUUUCACCUCUGCAGCUGUUGUUGAAGAACGUUCUGAUAAUGUUUGUCUUGAUUCCAUCCUUUAAGGAGAGACAGGCAGGACACAAUUUUGUCUGGUGGCAGCAAUCAAAUUGUGGUAGCCUUGUUACCUUGGAGUUCUGGACUGUAGGAAUUCCAGACAGAAUUGCUUGAGAUGUCUGAUUUGGCCACAGCGACGUGUGCCUUGAUUACAGCCUAUUUGGAUUACUGUAACACACUCUGCGUAGGGCAGCCUUUGGAAUGUGCUCAGGAACUUCAGCUGCAGCCAGACUCUGGACUGGGGCUGGUUAUAGGGAGCAGACGACUCCCUUGCUAGAGCAGCCCCACUGGAUAGCAUUCUGUUUCCAGACACAAUUCAUAGUGCUGCUUAUGACCUAUAAAGCCCAUAGGUGGCUUAAGUACAAGCUAUCUAAAAUACGGCAUUCCCUCCUAAGAGCCUACCUGGCUUUUGAGAUCUUAUUGGGGAGGCUCUUCUCUUGGUCCUUGUGGGGAUGCAGGAAAGGGUCUUUUCGGUGGCUGCUCCCCAACUCUGGAACUCCCUGCCUGGAGAAGCUAGAUUGGCUGCCUCCUUGUUGUCCCUCUACCAGCAAGUGAAAGCCUACUUGUUCCAACAGGCUUUGGGGGAUUGACUGCUUUAAUGAAAGGGCCGGUUCUGUGCUGUUUUUAUUGUAUGUUUACUAUAUGUAUGUAGUUUUAGUUCUAUUGAUGUUUAAUUGUUUUUAUGCUACAUUUUAAAUGAUUCUUGCAUUUAUCUGUAAGCUGCCUUGAGUCCGUCAGGGGAAAAGGCUGGGAAUAAAUACAUAAUAAUAAUUCUGAUGGGCUAGUACUACUGCUGCUACUACUUUAAUAGUAGUAGUAGAGGCAAUGUUAGUUAGAUGAGCGCCUGAAAGAUUCUGGCACUAUUAUUCCACCAUGAAUCAUGUAAAGUAUGCUAACAAGAGAAAAUUGGCUCUCUUUUUUUUUUAAAAAAAAGAGGGUAGCAUCUCCACUGGGAUAGCUCACCUAGUUACUUAAGGCAGUUGAUUUCAGUAGGUCUGGCUAUCAUCCUAAGCUUUGUCACUGAGCAGGGAUUUGAACCUGGAGCCCCCCAGUUGUAGUCAUUCUAGUAUUGCUAAAUGCUCUGCUAAAAAACGGGUUCAGCAGUAUGAAGAGAGCCAUGGGAACAGGUAAUAUAUCACACAUUUAUUUAUUUUUAGCUCACUGUUUGUAUUCAAUCAUGACAGCAAGUAGAAAUGGAAUGUUUGCAAAGGGAAGAGCCAGGAUUCUGAACAGGAAGAGAUUGGAAAGGAAGUGACAGUUGUACUCUUAGGCCCCACCCAUACUGCUGAGUUUUGGCACUUCUUGCUUGCCUUUGUUCUCUGUUGUGUUUCUGCUUUUUGAUGUAUUAGGCCUUUGGGUUACUUAGUUUGCAGUCAUCUUUAACCUGUGUCUGAAACAGAGAGUGGUCGAUUUAGCCAUUCCAGAUAAAUAACUAUUUUGUUGAUAUCCUUUGUGUUCCAGCCACAGAAACCUCUCAGUAUGAAGUGUAACUGUGAACGACCCAAUUCCUGCAUCUUGUGUGACUGUAAGGCCUCUGUCCAGACCAUAGACCCAGAGACAAUGUCUUUAGAGGAGCGGGUAGCUUUGCUGGACUCAGGCUUCCAUCCCAUUCUGUCAUUUUCCCACGGUGAGUAAAUUGAUAAACAGCCUCUUCAUGUGGAACGAAGAACCUGCCUGUUUAGGGGGCUUUUCUUCAUUCCACUAGCAUGAGCUGAGUCUUUGCCAUCAUAUCUCAGUGGAGGUUUUGGCACUCCUGUCUUCUGCCACAUUUGUAGAGGCUGAAUUUCUAUAAUGUAGAACAGAAUUUCCUUUUAUUUUGCUUGAUAUUUCCAUGGAGGACAGCUUCUCUAAAGAACUGACGUACCGCCUUUUAAAGGGAUUUAAGAGAAUCAUGUACAAAGAUUACUAGAAAGCAAAAGUUGGGAAAUCUGCAAAAGUAAUAAAAGCAGUGUGCUGCCAUUAUUUUGUAAGUGCCAAAGGAGGUGUUUUUGCAAGAUGACCAGUGGCACUGAGUUUAUUUCAGCGAUGCUUUAGUCACAUUUCUUUGUAUAAAUUCUGGUGUGUUAUAUUGUGAUUCUCUCAUUGGUAAAAGUAUCACUCAAACAUUUCCCUCCCUAUCAUUCAUUUCAAACAUGGGUGGCUAACUUGUGGCCUUUCAAAUUUUGUUGCUGUUUGUUAUUCAUUCAUUUAUAUAAUGUCCAGAUGCUAUUGGACCGUUGGACAUGGGGGCUGGGGCUGAUGGGAUUUGGAAUCCCAACAGCAUCUAGAGGCCACAGGUUAGCCACCUCUGGUUUAAAGUGAGCCAGAUCUUGCUGAUGAAAGCCAAAUCUGCGAAGGUCCAUACUUAACCUUGCUGACCAUAGUUUACUGAGCAUGCUGUGACAUGUGACAAGCCUUAGUCAUCUCCUUUUUGUUAAUAUUGAAACGGAUUGUGUUUGUGUAGGGCUGGGCGAUACCUGGUUUUCAACAUUGUGAUAUAUCACCAGCUAAACAUCGUGAUAAAACGAUAUAUCACAAUGUCUGAAAUAAGGGUGGAGCUAUGUAGAAGGAUUGGCUGGCUUCACAGUUUUUCCACUGUUGUGAUUUUUGCAAAGCACAUGCACAGAGAGAGAGAAAAUUCACAACAUUUCCAGGUCAAAAAUUAUGAAACAAAUACCACAAUAUAGACUUGAAUCUGGUUUUGGACAAUACAUCAAUAUAUUGCCCAGCCAUGUCAGUAUGGUUUGGGAGUCCAAUGUAAUUCAGGAAAGCCAUAGAAGUUAAAUACCAAAUGGACGGUAUUGAGCUUGGCACCAGUUGCAGGUACAAAGAAAAUAAAUCAUGCCUUCACUAAGAUCUUUCCCUUUUUAAGUAAGAUAAUAUAGUUGCACACAAAGCAUCAGGGUACAAAAUACCCCACAAUGUAAAGUACAUAAACCUACAAGAACAGUAUGUGAAAUCUAACCGAUCCCAUCUUUUUUAAAAAAACCUGAAGCAAAAUAUUGUACCAUUAAUAUGCAUGUACUAUAAUUAUCGGAAGUAUUCAGUGCAAUUAUCAUGAUUGUGAAUUAUUUGUAACAAUCACAGGAUAUAAAUUUGAAUACCGAAUAAUAACAAGUGUGGGUUAACUUGUUUUCUUCUGCUAAUAGGCAACCCUCUUCAUUUACACUUUGAAGCCUUGCUGAGAGAGGACCACAGGUUGAGUCAUAAACUCAAGACUCUCAAGAUACCCCAGUGGGGUUUGAAAGACCUUACCAACAACAUUUGUUCAUCAUCUCUCUCUGCAUCUGGUAAAUUAUAUGCAAUAUAAGCGAAGCAUUAUUUUAGCUCUUGGUCUGAGUUCCCAUUAAAGGUGCCACAUUGUCUGAGGGGAAAAAAUUCAUCUACUGUAUGGGCAGAAUCAAACCAAAGGAUCAUCAGGUCCAUUUGUUUCCCAGAGUGGCCACUGACAGGAGCCUGAAAGAGGUGGAUAUAGCAUGUUAUUUGUCCCCAGUAUCUGAAACCAGGGGUCUUUUGACUCUGUCCAGGGGAGUUCUGCUUAUAUCUAUCAGUAGCUAUUGGUGAUGAUAACAGUCCUCCAUGAACUUGCCCAAUGGUUUUUAAAAGCAUCUGAGUGGUCAGCUUAUCAUGUAUCAGAGAAUUUCCUAAGUUCAUUAUUCAUUAUCUAAAUGGAGUUUUUCCUUUUCCCUCUCCUAAAACGAUUGUGUUGAUUUUAUUGGAUGAACACAAGCUUGUUUUUUGCAAGAGAGGCAAAAGAAAAUUCUCCGUCCAGUCUCUCCAUCAUUGUGCAUCAAUUUUAACAGUAGGGUUGUUGGUGGUUUAGGUAGGACAUCUACAAAACAGGGGCACCGGGAGCAAUAUUUUAGGGUAACAUAUAUAUUGAUACACUUGCGGCUCACUCCCACUUGAUGUUGCUCCUCCAGUCAAGCUACAUUAAAAAAAUAACAGAUAAACUAUUUCCAGAAAGUGCAGUAGAAAAAAUGAGAUCCCUUCUACCUUGUGGUUAAGCAGAAGUUGCAGAGUUAGUAUAUCCUCUUAAUUUCCUGUUUUCAUUACCAGGUCCUCUGCUGAAAGGAUCGGCCAGUCGCAGCUUCUUUGUUCCUAGCCCUCAGACCUACAAACCCAGUUCUUUACAUCAUGUGCCAUCUCUGUGCUUUGAAAAUACACCUGCCCCUCACUCCAACCAAGUCCCUGGCAAUUCCAUGACUGCUAGCAGCUCGACGUUGGUGAGUUGGAACAUAGUCCCUUUGGCAAACAGAAAUGCAAAGAGGAAAUAAAGAAUUAGUGUUGCUGGGUGACUUCGCUUUAAACUUAAGCCUCUUUCAUCUUUCCCCUGAGCGAGGCGUGUUUGGGAGUGCAAAACGUUUUUUAAAUGAUGCACUGUUCUCUUAACCUUGAAUUGUCUCCCAACUUAUUUGCUAUGCUGUUUCAAGCAUUUCUCCUGGUGGCUUUUUUUUAUUUUCUUUUAGGAAUAUCAUUGGUUAGAUAUGCAGACUACUGCACUAAAAAAACCAAAAACCAGUGCUGGGUUUUUUUCAAAAGAAAAAGGAAGCCUUGAAGGUUGAAUAAAAUGUACCAUGGAAAUAGAGGCAAAAGACUAUCCACUUAACCCCUUUUCAUUUUUGUUUUGGGCAGAACAUUCCUGUGUCCUUCAGCUUCUUGUCUUGGGUGUUUUUCUAUAUACUACUUCACCCUUUUUCAUCCUGAGGUUGUUUGCUCUCUUUGUAUUUUAAAAAGCCUUAAGCUGUAUUUCAGAUGGCUUCUGUGUUUAUCAAUAAACAGCCCGACUGUGAUUAUAUGGUUACCUCUUGCCCUGUUGGAAGGACCUCAGUAACCAUAUCUCAGGCUAAUAGUGUUGUAUUCCAUGGUGGCCAAAAUGCCUUUGGAGUUUUGCCUGGAAAACUUCAUCCCCCUAACCCAGGCUUCCUCAACCUCGGCCCUCCAGAUGUUUUGAGACUACAGUUCCCAUCAUCCCUGACCACUGGUCCUGCUAGCUAGGGAUCAUGGGAGUUGUAGGCCAAAAACAUCUGGAGGGCCGAGGUUGAGGAAGCCUGCCCUAGCCCCACCCUGUCAAGAUACUUUCCCCAUCCCAUUCUGUGCUCUGUAGCACAUUCAGUGUUAGGUGGCUGCUCAUUAUUCAUGUUUUAAGAUGUGUCCAUUUUUUAAGAUCUUUCCAUUGGCAUGCUCAAGGCAGCUAAGAGCAACCGCUGCACAGAGCAGUUGCAGCAAAUCAAUGCAAAAAUGUGGCACACCUAAGAGUCCUUUUAUUCAGGCAAGAUUGAUUAUGCAUGGAGCAUUGGGCCAAUAAUAGGAGGUGCUGUUGUAGGCAUAUCAGUGCUGACCUAGAGCUCAGAUUUGUUGCAGCUGCUUAGGUCACACCAGCACAGUCUCACAGCACACAGGUAACGUACUGGGGCAGAGAGAUGUUGAAACAGCUGCUAGACUCUAUAUUUGCCUGUGUGGACAUUUAGACGCUAUUGGUUAACCAGCUGUGGGGUGCUUGUACUUGAUGUGUUGGGAGGAAAUGCGAAUGACAGUACUAUGUUUUUGUAUUCUUUUCUGAUGAUCCUUGUUUGGUUUCAGCAGCCUGCCAAGAAGAAGAAGGUGGAAUGUUCCUAUGACAUCAACAAUAUAGUGAUCCCCAUGUCAAUGGCUGCAGCUACACGGGUGGAGAAGCUACAGUAUAAAGAGAUUUUGACACCAAGGUGGGUUCACCUGGAGACUCUUCAGAUUUAAACAACAGCUGGAGCUUGUUGAUUUAGACAUAAGAGCAUUGUUUUUCAUAAUUUUUGCAAGAAAUCCAGUUGUCCUUUUGUAAGAGUAAACGUACAGCACGCCAUGCCAAAUGGCGUUUUGCUAGUCAAGGAGAGGGCUGAGUUAACAACAACUCCUCCUGAAGUUGUCACAUCAACACGCUCCUUUCUAAAGUGCCCUGAGGCAUGGUGGCAGUUUCCUAACUGUACCUGCUGGUGAAGCGUUAGCUGUAUUUCCAGGUGUGGAGGAACUUAAAAUACCAUGAACUGGCCAAACACUCAGUGGCUGAAUUGUGUAUUACAGCAGGACCGGGGUGCCCUGGAAUCCUAACUCCCAUUAUCUGCAGCCAGUGUAGCCAGUUGGCAGGGAUGAUGGGAAUUGUAGUCCAGAAAUAUCCAUCUAGAGCUUCACAGGUUACUUGUACCUUACCCUAAAGCACAUCUUCAUCCACUGCCAACACACUUGUUUCCUUUCAAAGUUAUUUUGCAGCUGUGGAGCAGUUUUCUAGCCCUCAUGGCUCUUGAGGAAUAUUGGGUGCAAGCAAUGUAUGUUUGCUUCCACAGGAUGGAGGGUUAGAAAUUUGCUUUUAAACACACACACGUGCACGCACACACACGACCUUUUUCUGCCAUAUAGCACACAAGGCAGUUUCCCCAAUAAUUAUAUGACCCCCCCCCAAUAAAUCAUAGAAUCAUAGAGUUGGAAGAGACCACAAGGGCCAUCGAGUCCAACCCCCUGCCAAGCAGGAAACAUUUGUGCAGGAAAUCCAUUUGUGCUACACAGUCAAUAGCAGUGGUAAGGUUGAGGGUGAUUGAGUUCUGUACUGUACAGUCGUACCUUGAUUCUCGAAUGCCUUGGUACUCUUACGUUUUGGCUCCUGAACUCCAAAAACCCAGAAGUCCGCUUGAGUGCAGGAAGCUCCUGCAUCCAAUUGUAAGCCGCACCUUGGUUUUCAAAUGGUUUCAGGAGUUGAACAGACUCCCAGAACGGAUGAAGUUUGAGAACCAAGGUUUCCACUGUACAUCAAUGUAUGUUUUAAGAGCGGAAUUGGAAGAAUCCCUGUAGCCAUGAAUAAGGGAUGGGUUUAUUUCCUGGUGCCAGAGGAUGGUGUGUGCAUUUUCUCUGCUUCUGUGCAUCCCACCUUGUCGUCAUCCCCUGCCCUAUUUCAGCAGUAGAUAUUUAGCAGGUCCACUUGCUUAUGAGAAAGGUGAAACCUGCAUGGUUUUUAGGACUCGCACAAGUGAGCACUAGAGCUAACUAGGCAUAGCCUGUUUUGACACCUCCUUUGGCGAUUUUUUGGAGAAGGUAUUUGACUUCAGAAUGUGGCAUUGCCUCAGUGUCUACUGGUGAGGAAGCAGCAGCACCAUAGCAAGCCAAGCCCUGGAGUACACUUUUGGUUGAUGCAGUUGUUUGCAAUAUGUGCAGAAAUUACCCUAACCCUGAGUCAUUUUCUUCCUGCAGCUGGAGAAUGGUGGAUCUCAAAGAGCUCAAGACCUCUGGAGAAGUAGAUUCAGAGGUGAGGAGGAACAGAUCUGGUCAUUAUCUCAUGCCUCAAGCAGUGCAUCUGUCUAACUAGGCUUGCACGGACCAGGGCUUCUCUUGCCUUGUAUUUACUGUGUAGAGCUUCACUUUACAUAGAAUUGACUCCCUUGAGUGACAGACCACCAUUCUUACCUUGCUUAUCCUGCCAGCAGUCAGUACAUUCAUUUUGUGUCUUGAACCAAUCAGUCAUCAAAGCAAACACAUACUCCUUUUGGUUUGUUCUCAUUCAAGACUGCAAGACUGAAUAACACUGCCAUGGAGGAGCGUAAAACCUGUUUUGUGUGAGAAAAUCUCCAUUCUUGUGUAUCCAAAAGGUUGUAUACACAUUGUAAUGAGUAUGGGUUGCUCGUGCGUAAGUUGCCGCCUCUCCAGGCUUUGUUGCCUUGGUAAACCUUUCAGUCUGGGCAGCCCUUCACUUCGUGGCUGCCUCAGUCGCUAGCAGAAUCCGUCAGUGGGUGUUUCUUAAAUCUUUUCCAACAUAAAAGUUGUUUGACACCCAGUCUCCUCCUACUCUCUCUGCGCGGAAGCCUUCUGCGCAGGGAGGGCGUGGGUAGCGGAGGACCCGUGCUCUCCCCGCUGGUGUCCGGUGAAGAGUCCUGGAGCCCUCUCGCCGAUUCCCCCAUCUGCCCUCCUUUAUCCCUGGUGUUGCGCUGAUUUGCUUCCCCAUCUGCUGAGCUGCCUGUCUCCCUGCUGGGCCCUUCUCCAGCAUCAUUUGAGAGCCUUCCCUCCGCCUCUAGCUCCGAUGUCAGUUCCCUGACACACAUAUUCCAUAAAUUUAGUUAUUAAGGUGCAGAAUUGGUUCCGUUUUUGGACAAAAUUAAUGUAGUUUAUUUGGUAGCCACGUUUACCAAAACAGUCAUAUCUACUUGUGUACACCUGUGAUGUUCUAGCAACUGUGGAAAGGGGGAAACUGUACUGUUAUUAAACUCUUGCACUGCUGGGCCUGUACAGAUUAUGUGGUUAUUUUUCCUGUGUAUCUUGGGUGGGUGGACAGUAUCGAUUUAGAAACAGCUUUGAUUCUCUUGAAUGUGUCAAAACUAACUUUCUUUUGUCCUAGCUGGAAGAUAUUUCUGAUGAGACAUAUCUGAACCAUCACCAAAAAUAUGAAGAGCUGGAAAGGGCCCGCUGGGAUUCCUGGGCAGGAAGCAUUUCCCACAGGCGAGGGAACAGGUAACAUUUGCUGUUAGCUGUGUGUUGUGAAAUAGUUCUCUUCCCAAGUCAGAUUAUAUUCAAAACUUCGUUUCCUGCAUAACUUGUGAGCAAAGCAUUAAUGAAGAAGUCAGUACAGUGAACUGUGGUUGGGUGGAUUAGGAGUUUUGCAUUGAGCCUUAGUAGACAAGAUUUAAGUUUCUCCUUAGCUAGGAAAUAAUUUGAUAGCUUUGGGUCAGUUCACACACCCCCACACAUAUCCCGCCUAACUGUUGACAGGUUUGAAAUAACGAAUGAAUAAGCUUUUGUUAAGGGUGCUCCAAAAGUUUGCAAGCGGGCUUGGAAGCAGCUGUGGAAUUUCCCUUAUAAUAGAGAUUUAUCAUAUUUUGAGCCUCUGUGUUUUCAGAAAUUAAUGGAGUAAGAGCAGGUAGGAAGAGAAUUGGCUUCCAUGAAAAUUUGGAAACAUUGUAACAGCAUAACAGAAUGAGUGAAAUCACACACUCUCUCUCUCUCUCUCUCUCUCUCUCUCUCUCUCUCUCUCUCUCCUCUCCUUCACCCUCUGUCUGUAGGAAGACUUACCAUUGGAUCUUGUUUUAAUUUCAGAGCCUUAGUAUCCUGUGCUGCUGCAAACACUGAGGACUAGAAUUAUUGCAGUAUGUGGCAGCUAAGAUCUCUGUAUUAAGCCACAUUCCCUUGCUUAAACCAGGCAGAAUCUCUCCAGUAGUUUAGCCUCAUUGUCAAAUCCAUGAGUAGAAUUAUUGGCAGAGUGAGAGUGCUGGCUGUAAAUAUGGCAGUGAAAAGUCAAGUAGACUCUCUUCCCCCACCCCGCCUGCUCCUGUUGUUUUUAAAGAGUGCACAGUAUGGGUGAAGAGUUCAUUUUGAAAUUCUGCAUGAUACCUUGGCUAUAGGCCUCUCUGCUUCUGAGCUUGCACUUCUUUGAGUCUUACAGUUCUCACAUGUAACAGUUGUCCUCACAGUGUGGCUUCACAUUGGCAGCGUGAUUGUUUUUUUGUGGCGUGUUUUUCUUUUAGGAGUUCUAACAGAGCAGAUGGCCGAUGGAUUCCUCAGCCGGGCUCUCCAGAUGCCACGUCACAUAAUCUUAACCAUCUCCAGUAUGCAAAUUCUCCCAUGGGGUCUCUCAGCCCAGAACUUUCCAAUGUUCUGCAGCCCCUUCUCAUAAAGGGCAGGGGCAGAAACAGUCUGUCCUUUAGUGAAGACACAAGUUUCUCCUUCUCAGAAAUGGACGAAGAUACUCAGGUGAGGACCUGUGUUUCUGCUUGAAGAUCUUACAUACAGCCUGUUUACUUGGCAAACCAUACAUAUUCGAAGCUUUUCCGUCAUCUUCAUUGCCCACCAUGGUCGCUCAUUCAGAGUAUAAAAUGAUGUCACCAUCUUGGAUUUGCCAUGAAAGACAAGAGAAUACAAUUGAAGAAUUGCUCACAAGCAUUUCUGGGGCUGAAGGGGAUGCAAAUAAACCUUCUAUAUUUGGACUUUGAAUGUAUCAUUGCAGUGGAUUGUUCGCAUUUGUGUGCUGCGGGUGGGAAACAGAAGUUAAACCUUGUAACCUUACUUACAAAAAGGUGUCACAAUAAUUGGGUUGUUAUGCCAAGCCAUAGUUUUUACCUCUGAACCUAUAUUGGUUCAUAAACCAUGGUUGUAAAGGCAGCCAAACAAGGGUAUUGAAACUAGUUUGCAAACUACGUUGUCUUUGAUCUUACCACAGUUAAGGAGGCACAGCUAAGACAGUUAAGGCACCUACUGUGUCUAUCUGUGCCCCACUGAAAUAGGAGCAAGCCAAUGAAGCUGAAUGUUUAGCAGAUGAAGAAUGAAAACUGACAUGCAUCUCUAAAGCACGGUUUGCUUAAAUGCUUAUUCUAUAGCGUGGCCUUUUACUUGUGCUUAGCAUGAUAUCUGAGCUGAGCACCUUGGCAUCUUGUUGCCAGUGACUUAAAACAGCUUCUCAUUCUACGGAAGGCAUCAUAUUUAUCAAGAUAAAGAAAGUGGCAUAUGUAAACUAGACCUAUGAAUAAGGGUUGAGAGGAUGAUUACUGUUGAUUUUGUUGUUCCUUCAAGAGAAAAGCUGCUCCUCUGUUUUUUAAUCUCAUCCAAGCAAGAUGGAAGCAUGCGUAAUCUCUCUCUUUCUCGCGCCUCCUCCUCAAAUGACAAUAAUAUAUUCCGUUCCGUUAACGCUGCUGCUCUUUCUCUCUGUCGUAGAACGUCCAGCCGUGGGAGCCCCGCACAUUCCCCCUUUCCGACACAGAGUAUAAGGCGCUUCAGGACCCACCGUGCGAAGCUCCUGGCAAGCAGACAAGUACCAUUCAGCAGUGGAACUCUAGGAGCAAUCAGGGCUUGAGGACUAACAAUAUAAAUUCCAGCACUUCUAAUCCUAGGGAGCCAUUUGUAUCCGGUUGGCAGGUGCAACCAGGCGUCAGCAAGCAGCAAGAUGAGUUUGCAGGCCAGCCCUGCGUCCCGCCAGUGCUCAUCAACAACAGAUGAGCGUUUGGGCCCCAUGAUAACCCGUGGAAGAGUUGCACCCAUACUCUAUAGAUUGGUAUCACAGAGCUUGGCUGACGAGUUGGCCUAGCAAGGCAGUGGCGGCAGAGAGCACUGCUGUGCCUGGAGCAGAGGUCCAGCUGUGAACUUGGAGCUCCUGCUCCCCUAGAUCAGUAAGGGCUGGACAGGCAGCAGCAGCAGCAGAGGCAAGGUGCUGGGCCUCCCUAGUGUGGUAAGGGGGGAGGAGGCAUCCAGGAAAGCCCAGUUGCAGGUUGUUUCUGGGCAGAAGAACUCUUGCGCCUCGCUGGCAAGGUUAGGUGCUGGUGCCACAAGUGCAGCAGCCCAAGGUGUAACCCAAAAAGGGAGCAGCAAAGAGGAUGGAAGACACAGCAAAAGAAGGGGGAGGCUGAGCUGUUUCAAUUUGGAUGUCUGUUACUCAGGCAACACUUCUUUGAAAGGGUGCCAGUCAGUUGAACAUGUAGUCCUCAUGAGGUUUUUAUGCCACUUUUGGGGGCAGGAGUAAAGUAUCGAUUGUGGAAACUCACUCGCACAGAUCACAGGCUUUGUCCCGGUGCCGUAGAUGGCAGCAAGGGAUAUAACCAAGGGGUAGUUGGUGUGUGUGUGUGUGUGAGUGCUGAAUAAAUGCCUGUAGGGGAGGACAGAUGCUUCCCCUACAAAUUUUUCAUAAUGGUUUUUAAUUUUUAAAUGUAGUUCUGAAAUCACUGAUUCUCUAACAUGCAAAUCAUGUUUUCUUGGCCUUGCAGAAAUGCUAUUGUUGCUAAUAAUAAACAAUAAAUCAUGA